GAAUGCUGAGUGUGGAGCGGGAGAGGCGCGCGCGCGCUCAGCCUCCUGGGACGCGCCUAGCGGUGCCCCGGGCGCCUUUCCAAACGUGCCAACACUGGGACGGGCAGAGGCGGCGGCGGCGGCAGCCCUGGGCUACUGCGCCUGGCUUGACCGCCUCAGCCCGCGGACGCUCCUGUCGUCGUCGUCCCUCAAUGCCCUUCUCUUCAGACGGCAGCGGAGCGCCCGCUUCCCGCUCGGCGGCGACCUUCCCGCCUCCUUCCCUUGCUAUAAUAAAACCGCCGGAGGGGGUGGAGAAAGGGCGAAUGCGGCGACUCCGGCUGUGAGCCGCUCGGAGUCCCUCCCCUCCGCGCCUUAUUCCCCGCCCUCGUCGCCUGCGGCUGCCUCCAUUCACAACCGAGGAGGAGGAGCCGCCUCGACGCGUAGAGACGAGACCGCUUUGCUAUGCAGCCAGCCCUGCCAGUUUCAGCCGCUACCGGCAGCACCUUUUCGGCCCGCUCCUGAGAUCGCGGCAGCCGGCGAGGGCGCAACUCGGCUUCCCGCGCCAUUUCUCGGUCGCCGCGCGCUCCUUUCCCUUCCUUCUCUCUCCCUUUUCCACCAGCUGCUGCAGCUGCUGCUGUCACCGUUUCACCAGGAACUUGACCGGGCACAGGCGGGGUGAGUAACCGGGGUGACCCCCAGGCAGCGGUUUCUCCCGCAGCCCCUCUGCCCUUUCUUUCUCCUCCAGCUUCUGUACAAAACAAAGUCGGCUAGAUCGCCUUGCUAGGAUGCCCUCUUGAGCGGGAGGGUUGGAAGGCUCAUCCGGAGAGCGUGAGGUGGGGAAUCGGGGGUGGGUGGGGGAAGCCCCGGGAACACGCGGUUCCGGUUCGCCCACAUCUCUCUCUCUGGCUGGCUGGCUUUUCCGCCCGGCCCGGCCGCCUUCUCACUGGGCGAACAUGUGCUCCGGACCUCAGCCACAUGCUACGCGAGGAAUCCAUUUUGCGAGCAGCGUGGUGCAUGAUGCAAUAUUUAUAGUGUAAGCCACGGCGUAGAGGAAGUCGGAAGGGACGCCCUGCCUAGGUAGAUCGAAUCGGGGAUCAUGCGGCUGGGGUGGGGGUGUUCAGAUCGCCUUUUCGUUUCUCCCCCCCCUCCCCACCCAUUCCACCAUCCCCUUCCCACAUUGCGAUUUCCAGAGGGUGGGCAAACUCUCCCCUUCCCCAACUGCGCACCGCAGGCAUAUGAUGGGCUGAUCUAAUUUGUCUUUGGGGAUGAAAGGCGUCCUGCCUUAAAUGGCGCUUUUUUUGGUUCACAAGUAAGUGUGUGUGUGUGUGUGUGUGUGUGUGUGUUGUUGCGGGAGAGGCGAGACAUUACUACAGUGCAUUUCCGCCUUUGGUCUUAAGUGUUUAUGGAGGGGACUGCCCCAGGACUACAGUAUUAGCAUCUCUCAUACUUUGGCUCGAGAUAUCCUUCUGAUGCAAUUCACCUACGGAUUACAUUAGAAGUAGUGAGCCAGUUAUUUACGGUAAAGAACCUUCUUGGCCUUCCUUGCCAAUAAUAGCAAGGGAGCAGAGAGGUAGGGCUAAAUAAAUCCAAGGCAUAAGAUGUGUAGGAACUGCUGCUCAGACUCGUGUGCUGAAUUCUCUGGUUUUAGGUAUCUGUUCUUCCAUUUUUUGGGGUGUGUAAUCAGAUAUUCCUCCUAGGUGCUAGAUUCCUUGCUGCUUUUAAAGAAACCUGAAAACUAGAACACAAGCAGUUGUAAUGAAGCCCAGAUAAGGCAAGACAGAGGGCUUGUGUUUGCCCAGCAUUUAAAGCCAUAAAGUUGGUUUCAGUGACUUUUGCCUACUGCCUCUAAACUGCAGUGGAAAUUUUGAAUGUGAUUUGGAAUGCACAGAUCCAGUUUGUUUGCUUAAGUUUCUAAGGGAAAUUGCUGCUGUUAGGGGCAGGAAAUCACAUUAGGAUAGUAUCAAGGGAUUGUUAAUCACCCUUGAUGUCUGAUGGCUUUUUAAGCUAGCUGUUGUUGCUAGUUACUAUAGUGGAAAUAUGCCAUAUUAUUUAUUUUUAAGAGUGAAUGUACUGUACUUUCAAGAAUCACAGUUGCGCCAACGUAAAAGGAACAAGCCCUCAUCAAAUCCCUUCUAAACUCUUUGGCAGGUUUGCACUAACAGGGUGUCAUUUGAAAGCCAAUACUUAUGCAACUUUCAUUUUUGCAAAGUUACUUAUGGUGCUUGGAUUCAAAUUCUGAAGUCUUGCAAGUAACCCAUAGCGCUCUACUGCCAGACCAAAAGCUGCCUAGAUAAUCUGAUACCCGAGCUGCGACACCGCUAAACAAGUGGAAGCCAGAGGAGAACUUUGCCUCACAGUUACUUUUAAGCGGCUGGAGGAUACUCUUGGCUUGUGGGAAUUGGGUCAUAAGGGUAUAAGCAGCCACGUCAUCAGAAUAUUGCCCUUUCUAGGUCAGGAUUUCAUAUCAGAAACCCAGUGUGACUCUUCAGGUCUUCAGCAAGGGUAUGCUAUAUUCUGCAAUUUCCUUUAAACUGAAAAUUCUGGGGAAUGACGGUACCGUGUCCGCUAUGAAAAGCACAUGCUCCUUUUCUGUUUGUAUCUUAAUAUCAUUGUGUAUCUUUUAAGUUGUCCAGUUUUUAAAACAGACUUGUUUUCAAUUACAGGUAUUCUAGUUGUUGUUUUUUAAUAAAAAAAAUUGAUAAAACAUUAACUUGCGUUGAGUUUGCGUUGCAAUCUGAAGCAAUGUUUAAAGUUGUUCCUCUUCUUGGUUUGCUGCUAAACUUUGCAUGCUUUGUUGAAGCCAGAGUCACUGGAUACAAAUAACAAAGCAGGGCUAGCGCUUGGAAUGUUUUAGUAACAGGUAUCCAAAGUUUCACAUACAUGCUUGGCCUGGUCAACAUUCCUUCUCCUUUGGCCACAGUGAACUGGUUGGGUUGUAACAUUGCCAUAGCCUUGUUUUGUGAGAACAAGCCUUAUGUUUAUGUUCUUCCUCCUUCCUCCAGUGUUGUCACGAAGAAGAGAUCAGAAGCUUUUGAUUCUGUUUAGAUGCAAUUUAGCAUUGUGUCUGAACCUGACAAACUUCACAAUGAUUGGACACAAUUACAAGAUUACAAUUUCUAGUUAAUCAGGAACGGAAAUCUUAAAUCUCCUUUCUUCAUCUGUGUGUGAUGGGGAGUAGGGGGGUUCAUACAAGCCCAAGGCAUGUAACAACAAACCAUAGUUUGUUAAAUCUGUACCAUGCCUACAAUAUUAGCUGGUACCAAAAUUUCGCAACUCCUGGAAUGACCUCACCUGAUGCUGAGAUAAUAAAUAAAAGCAGUGUUAAGUGUGUGAACUGCUUCAAAUUAAUGAAAGCUUCCCUCCUUUUUAUUACUUCUGCAAUUAUGAUUCUUUUUAUAAUGAUUAUAAAAUAAUUAUGGUGUAAUUAUAUGAGAACAGCUUUGUUUCCACUUGCCUUUUGAGACAUUUUGCCUGCAGAUGCUUUCUUAGGAACCAAUUCAAACAAUGUUUUCUCACUCAUUAGAAUAAUCUGUUCAGAUGAGCAACAUAGCACAUGAGCUACUAGGUUGUGCGGCUCAAAGGAGUAUCUGAAAUCUCCAGUAUUCAUUUCAGAAUGUAAGGCGAUUCAUGUGUUACGAUGAUCACACACAAAUGGGGCUGUUCACCAUACUGUCAGCUGUGUGCUUGCUUGUCUGAGGAGCAACUGGCCUCAGGUGUGUUUUGUUUCUUUGAUGUUGGCAUGGGUCUUCUAUAACUGCUCCAAGGAAGAAGGUGUGGGGGAACUAAAACAAGAAGAUAUGAUAAAAUAGGAAAUCUUGAUGAGGCAUUCUGGCAGGAAAUGCGCAUCAACCUGUACAGUGUUGGAACAUGCAAUAACCCUUUCAGUCUAGUUAUGUCUUUGUUUGCUGAGAAUUAACAGUGACCAGGUAUAUUGAGAAUGUAGUUUUGGCUCUCCUCCUAAUUAGCUGAUUAGCCUUCUGUGAAAGUGACUCUUUCCCUACUCUGCUUACUUGUCUCAUUAACUCUUCCUGCGUCAGUGCAGCCUGUUGGAACGCUGGGUCCUGUCCUGCCUUUACAGUGACCUCCUAAUUCAGCCUUUAAUUUCCUUUUCUUUCAUGCUUUUGUUUGGGUUUGUUUUCCUUCCCAUUAUAGUGUUUCAGCUGUUGGAAACAAACUUGGUGAUAGGUAAAGGAUUAAAACAGAGAGUCUGCAUCUCACUGCCACUUACUAUUAUGCCAGCAUGCAUAAGGAUGUAGGAAGCUGAUGCACACUGAGGCAGAUGGUGGGUCUAGCUAGCCUGGGAUUGUCUACACUAGCCUUCCCCAAACUGGUGCCCUCCAGAUGUUUCAGACUACAACUCCCAUCAGCCUUAGCCAGCAGGCUAGUCUAUACUGAUGGGCAGCUGGGUUCCAGGCAGGUGUCUUUCCUAGCCCUAUGUAGACGAACCUAGGACAUUCUGCAUGCAACUCAUGUGCUCUAGAGUUGAACUAUGGGCCUCCCUAUAAAUAUCUACAUGUUGAUGCAGAGCCAGCCCAGGGUGCUUUGCCGCUUGAGGCAACCCCCGCUCCUGGUGCCCAGCAGUGCCUCCGCCACCACGGAUGUGCCCCACUGCUCUUGUGCAGUGUUAGAAACUCAGAUAUAUGAGCUAGCUGCCAACUGGCCCCUUAAACCAGGGUUACAGUUGCCAGAAUGGAAUGCCUCGUUUUUGGGCCAGAGGGCUCGAAAGUCAUAUUUUUUUAAUAUGACUUUUGAGUUCCUGAAAUUCAUUCUGAUUGUGCAGAUAAAAUAUAACGGAUAGCAUUCAUUGUGUGUUGUUAGUGUGUGAAAACAGUCAAGAUUCAAGGAUCCCUAGGCAUGCUCCUCCAGAUGGGGCAGAUGGCAGGCACCAUCUUGAGGCCCAGGCAUUUUCACUUGGUCACAAGUGGCCAUCAGCCAGGUGCAAAAUGCACCUGAUGAAUUUUGAGCACUGUUCCUGUGGGCAUGGCCUGCCGCUCCCGUUCCCCCCUCCUUCUCCUUGGGUGCACCCCACUGCCACCAUGGCGUGUGAGGGGGUGGCAGCAAAGUUGAGUGGCGCUUUCCUUGGGUCCAGAUCUGCCGCCAGAGUCAACCAUGUUGCCUCGCUUUAUGGCCCUGUGUUAAUACCUGGUUUCAAACUGGAGACCUUUUGUGUGUUAGAAAACACACCAGGGUCAACAGAUGCAAAUACAUUUUUCUGUAGAACCUUGUUUUCUCUGUAACCAGUAAACAGGGAACCUCAUUAGUGGGCAGCUAAAGCUAGUGGGGCUGGGAGAUUCUUGCAGGAAAACAGCCACAUUUGGAAUGACUUAAGGUGGGUUCCAUACAGCGCUGCGAUGCGUAGGUAAGAGUUUGUAUUUUAUGCAGAGAUUUAGUUUGCUUUGUGCUGGGGGUGACUUACUUGAAACAGCUUGCUUCAGUCUAGGCACUUGUAUUCACUGGGAAGCAAAGUUUGUUCGGUGGGAUCACUGCAUUUCUACAAAUACAGAUAAGCACAGUCUUCUCCUUUCUCAAACAGUUGAACUUGCAACUGGUGACCUUUUAGGUAAAGAUCCUCUCAUUUUCUGCUGGGAGAAGAGCAGCAUUCUUGAGAAUCCUCAGUCCUUGAUACCUGAGUUGUGAAAGUCCUUGCUUGGGCAAUACGUGCUCCCUCCCCCUUGAGUAAGUGCUGUAAAACUUGCUUUAAGAAUAGGGAAAAGGCAGAUCUCAUAUAAUUUCUACCAUGGAUCUAGGGAAGUGGUGGAGAACCUUUUCUGGCUGGUGGGCCAGGAUACUUUUCUCCACCCCCUGGUGGAGCCACCCACCUGUCAAUCAACUGACAUCACACUUUGAAGUCCUGAUUGUCUGCAGCCUCCACUCUCCUAUUUUGAGCUUCUAGGCUUGUGCCUUGACAUCUGCAGGGAACGCCCUGCCCACACCCCCAAUCUUUUUCUUUGGACUUUGGGGAGUUGGAUAUUAUCUGUAGACCAACAGUCAGUAACCUGACUUGGGCGGCGGGGGGGGGGGGAAUGUACUAAUUGCAUUAUUUGUCAUAGCAGCAACCAAAGAAAUCAAUACGACAUAAAUAAUAUUAAUUGCCUAUUGGAGAAAUAAUAAGAUAAUACUGUAUCCAAAGAUAAUCCACUAAAACAAUUCAACAGCCCAGAUAAAACACAUUUUUUUAUUGGUAGGAGCAGCUGCAGGCUAACAGUACAGUAGAACCUAACAGCUCAGUUGCCCAGAAAUACCUUUAUCAUUUUGCUUAAAGAAGGCUUUUUGCAGCUUCUGUAGUCUUGCUCUGUAUUUAGCAUUGGGCUCCUGAGACUUCAGGGGCAUUUCUCGUUUUCUGUUCCGACAGCAUAAUCGCUGUUGCUUACCAGGAUAUAGUGGUGGGGAGGUUGGGGCUGUGUGAGAGUGCCUGUUUGGCUCCACUGGUGCACUUGCAGAGCUCUGAACUUGCCACACCCCACCCAUUCAGCUGUACUACCCCAACCUCCUCACUGCCUGGUCCUUUUAAGCAGUAGUGAUACUGCAAUUGGGAAGGUGACAGUGCAGCAUUUUGCCAGUUGCUUCAGAUGAUAACAGGGCAGUAGCCUUUCUUAUGCUAGCAGGUGGAGAGCACUUUCCUAGCACUGCCAAAGUGACUCUGCAUGUCGCAAUAUCGUCUGCAGUUAAAGGAGUGGCACUUUUUAAGCAUUGGAAGUGAAAGGGAGACAAGCAGUUGUAGCCUAUGUACAAUGUCUCUGAGCAGAACACAGCUCUGAGUUACAGAUUGUGCACAUGUCCCGCAUCUCGGCAGGAAGAGUAUUUUCUCCCCGGAUCAGUACAGAAGUUACAUUUCUAGAUCUCUAAACUGUUUCAAAGGGCUUGUGGCGCUCCAAAUUUCUUCCAGUGGCUUUCAAAGUCUUUCAGAGCAGAUGUUUGACUAGCUGCUGCUGCCAACUUCCAGCAGUUCCACUGAAGCCACACUUGUUGAUUUUCAAUAGAGAGUAAGCUUGCUCAAGAUGGUUUUCCUAUAUCGGCAAAAGCACAAUAAAGGAAAUAAUGGACAGGAAGAUUUCUCAGAGAGAAAUGCAUCACUUAAAGCAGUAGUGCAGCUUUUACAUAUGUGGAAGUGUUGCAGUUCAGUAAUUGAACAUCUGCAUUGCAUGCAAAAUCCCCUAGGCUUAAUCCUGGACACCUGAAAACCCUGAAGAGCUGCUGUCUGUUAGUGCAGGCAAUAUUAAGCUACUGCUCUGACUCUGUAUAAGGCAGCCUCCUAUGUUUGUAUGACUUAAUAGUCAAUUGCAGUCUGCCAUGUGUCACAAUCCGGUUCUUAGUACUCCUAUUGUUUGCUAUCAAAAGUUAUUGAUACACAGGAAAAUAAUGCUAUCGUCUCCAUUGCAGGAGGAGUUUUAACAAAAACUGGUUGUUCCUUAGGUAGUACUGUCAAACAAACACACUGUCCUGGGUAAAGUAAUUUUGUUUGGAUAAUGCACGAGGUCCAAGGAAUACGAAGUUUCAAAGCAAAUACAAAACAGUGUGAUGCAUGACUUAAGAAACCGUCUUUGAUUAUAGACGUGUUCAUGCAAGUGACUUGUAACGCAGGCAGGCAUGAACGCAUGUGGUUGUAGGAUAAAAGACUUAAAAUCAUAGCAAGAGCAAGCCAAUUUAUAAUCUUCCAGGACGGAAUAAAUCAAAAAACAAACAUUGGAGUUCAUUGUUUUGAAUUUGAAGAUGUUAAAACGAAAGUAGGACAUUUAGUAGAACUAAUUUAAGGCUGCAGCCCUAAGAAUGUAAAAAGAUGCAAUUGCAUCUAUUAGAUGCAAAGGCAUCUAAUAGAGCAUCCUAAGUGGCUGAUCAGAUACCUUAUGGGAAGUCUGCAUGCAGGACAUGAACACAGUAGCAUUCUCAUCUUUCCCAGCAUCUGGUGUUCAUCCUGUGCUCCAUGAAUGUGUCUACCCCUCCUUAAAUUAAAACUGUCAUAAGUUGGUUCUGUCACUACAUCUUGUGGUAGCAAAUUCCACUGUUUCACUAUGCAUUACUAUUACAGUACUAUUUUACAUGUUCUGAAUCUUCUGACAUUCAGCUUUAUUGCAUGAGGCAGAAAGAAAAACCUUCUUUUUCUACUUUUUUCCACACUCUGCCUAAUUUGUGUGUGACAGCCCCACCCAUCUUGAUUUUAAACCAGGGAAAGGAAGUGGAUAUGGUCAGCAGGUUAGAUCCAAAACUGCCCCAUCCCCGCAGAUCACUUUGAGCUGUCUUACCUGUCAGUCAAUUUAUUGUAAUUGGUGUACAAAUAAUAUUCGCUAAAAACAAAAUGAUAUGCAAAGAACCUUCCAAAGGUUAAGUUGAUCACUGUGGAAUUAUCUUGUGGCACUACUACUUAAACAGCUUAGCUGUUUGCCUGUUGACUUCUGAGCCCAGUUCUAGGUUGGCAUCUAAAGCCCUGAAAAACCUGAGACCCAAAUGGGACAGCACCUUUUCUUGUAUCAACCUGCCUCUACAUUACAACCAGUCAGUGAGGCUUUCUUUAUAGUCCCUGUCCUGAAUAAGUUGUCUGGUGUGAGAUCCUUUGGCAGAGGCUUUUCAGUGGUGGCACCACGGCUGUGGAACCUGCUCCUCACUGAGCUGAUUAAUGUGGAUUUUUAAAAAUAUUGUAUAUAAGGUAUGUAAUCCCCUGGAUAUGAUAAUAUAAUAAUCCAGAUGAUUAUUAGCCAGCCUAAGUUCUUCCAAUAAAACCCCUAGUCUAUUAAGCGCAGCACAUUCUUUAUAAUCGUAUUGUCCAGUAGAGCCCUGCCCGUUAAGUCAGCUUGCAGGAGAUGCUUGUGGGACUUGCAUUCUUGGUUUCCAUGGCGAUAUUACAGCAUGACCUGAUACUUUUAUGCUGCCAUGUCCCCCCCUCUCAGAACUCGGGCCUAGUUCUCUCUGAGGUAGUAAACCUUCAGUAACAUUUCAAAUGGCAGGGAGCCUUCAUGAAUGAAUGCUAACCUACACAAUACUUUUCCUAUCCCCUAUUUCUCCAGACAUGCUAUAUUUCUAUGUGCCCAUAAAAAAAAACACCCAACAAUUCUGGAAGAGCAGUCAAAUGUUUGGACCCCACCAGCGUGUCUGAAGUGACGCAGACCAGGUUUAACACCUCAGUGGGAAGUAGGCCUCAUUCUCUGCACCUUGGGGGUUUUGCCACAGUAAAUGUUGGUUGUGUGGCCUUUUCUAAGUUUGCAUUAAACUUCCCAUCUGUUAAGUGAUGAGGUUCUGCAGUUUCCAUGGCAAGUGUGCUGUUUUCUUCUGGCGAGCAUAAUAAACUCCAGUUUCCCUCCUAACCUGGUGGUGGCAGGAAUCUUUGCCACAGUUAUGUGGCCCAGAGAGGGCCUAGGAACCUUAGAGGAAUUCUGCAGGUAAGCUGUGCCCCUAUCUAGCGGGGAGGAAAUCUGAAGUGCUUGGGGGUACAGAGACAAAACUGCUGGGUUGGGAGACUGUAAACUGUAAAUCCUCCCUCCUCCUCCCAGAAGAAGUGUUAGGAAACUGCCAAGCUCUAUGUACAUUGAUCAUGCUCUAGAAAUAUAAUUUUAUGUAUUUAAAGAAGAGCGGGGGGGGGGGGCAGAGAGAGAGAAACCUUGCAUUUCCAAGGUUUUAAGAAGGAAAGUGAAAAUUGCUAGGGUGUGGAUACUUGUGUUUUAUGUCCCUCUCUUGCACACUCAAAAAUAUAUACACUCAUUAUAUCUAGAAAGCAGGAUGCAUAGGACCUUUGUUGCUAGAAGAUCUGAACAUUCCAUUUUGACUGAGAAUUCUUUCCACUUUUACCGAGCCUUCUGAAUCAACCCACAGACUGUGCCUGCCUUUUCUUUCUUUCUCUUUUGGAAAAUUGCAGCCCACAAAGAAAAUGAAACCACCUCCUAUGCAUCAAAGACAACAUACUUAUUCAGAUGCAUAAUCUUCGGCUUAUUUAGCUAAGAACGAUAUGCACUGUGUAUCAAACGUGGCAGGGAUUUUAUUGAAAGUACACUUCCUUGCGAUGGUGUAGAUUAAAGACCACUUCCUAGAAAAGGGUAACCUGGGAGUUAUACAGCCAGUUUUAACUCUGUGCUCUUGCUUGGGGUCUCCACCUUUUAGAUUUUCUUUAUAACCCACAGAAGUGGUACAAAUUAAGAGCUUCAGAUUAAAUUCCGAAACCAUCUGUUCCAGAAUGAUCCCCCAGAUUUCACUAUAGUUUUAGAAUAUGUAGCCUGAAGACACUAAUCACUAAAUAUCGGAGAUAUGAAUCGGUAUUCUCAGUACUUGUUUUUUCUGAGGGCCCAACUCCCAUCAGCACCACCCAGUAUUACCAAUAGUCAGGGAAGAUGGGAUUUGUAGUCUAGCAACACCGGUAGCUCCAUAGCCACAUCAACCCUAAUGUAUAUAUUGUGAAUGUAGUUGUUAGGUCCUGACCGUUGUGACCCUUUGUAGAACAGCAUGGUGAAUGUGCUUUUGCUCUUGUGAAAAUUAUGAAAGUUUGAUUAUAAGCAGUAUUUCUCACUUGGUUAUUGAAGAGUUCCCUCCCCCCAUUCAAUAAUUUUAGCUAUUAGGCAAGCGACACAAGUUGCAUUGCCUUUUCAUUAAUAGGUGUACAUAUAUCGCAAGAGUCAGUACCCACUCUGGGCUCAAUACCCACCCACUUUUUUAAAAAAUAAAAUGACUGACAUUAGUGUCGCAAGGCGAAUAAGUGUGUGGGUGAGGCUGCCAUGGCAAUGCUUUCUAUUGACAAGCUGUUCAGUUCUGAUCUUGUCACUUACUGAAAUACCGUUAAAAUGUAAGGUGCGUGGGUACAUGUGCACAGCGCACGCACACACAGCCUGUCACUCAAGCCUAUUUGCCAGCACUGCAGGAAAGAGGCACUCAGUGAUGAUGCAAUUUGAGCGGUUUGUUGCAAUCGCUGCAGAGCUGCUGGGGAGGUCCUGUUCAAAGAAGAAUGUGGUCAGAAUAGUUAUAAAUGGUUGGCUUAAACCUGAAGGGAGGGAAGGAUGAAUGCUGAGCAUUCUAACUGGAGAGAAGGAGAGGCAAAAGAUGCCCAUAGGUAUUGAAGAAAACAGUAGUAUCUGUUGUACGUACAGUGUCGUUCAGCAUAGUGCAAGUACCUCAGGAAAUGUGAAAUACAUAUAAACAGAAUGUUGUUCCCACAGGAAAUUUACAUGCUAGUGCAUUUAAGCCAGCAGGACAUUGCACAAAUAAUGUUCCUUGCUUCUGUUGGUUUCAUGUAGAUGUAAAAAAGGUUAAAGGUAAAAGACCCCUGGAUGGUUAAGUCCAGUCAAAGGUGACUAUGGGGUUGUGGCGUUCACCUCGCUUUCAGGCCGAGGGAACUGGUGUUUGUCCACAGACAGCUUUCCAGGUCAUGUGAACACCGCGACGAAGCAGAGCACACGGAAACGUCGUUUACCUUCCCAUUGCAGCAGUACCUUUUUAUCUAUUUGCACUGGCAUGCUUUUGAACUGCUAGGUUGGCAGGAGCUGGAACAGAGCAAUGGGAGGUCACCUCGUUGUGCAGAUUUGAGCUGCCGACCUUCUGAUCGGCAAGCCCAAGAGGCUCAGUGGUUUAGACUACAGUGCCACCCGCAUCCCCUGAUGUAUAUGCAUAUAUAUGGCUGGCUGAAGCUAUUCAACCCAUACAGCUACAUUCUGGUGAUGAAUAUCACCAGAUAUUCAUCUGGCUAGGCAGAACAGGCUGAGCUUGUAGCCGUGGGGGCAUGUAAAUGAGCCAAUCGAAUGUGCUUUCUGGAUUCAAUAAAUAUGCUAUAUUUAAUCUAUAUCUAUCUAUCUAUCUAUCUAUCUAUCUGGUCCACAUGGUUGGAAUAUCUGACCCCUGCAUAUGCAGGAACAGUUUUAAAUAAGCAGCAUUUCAAAGUAACCCACUUCUUGGAAAAACAAUUGCUUCCCCAUUCUUGAUUGUAAGAGGGGAACAUGCAGUGGGGGAUUUGCUAACUAGGAAAAAAGUUAGUCACCUUUUCACUGAGGAAUCUACAUUAAACAAAAAAAUCAUUUAUCUUUGUUGAAGGUUAGAUUCCCUCCCCCUGCAAAAAAAUCUGCUGUUGCUAGAAAAGAAGAUGAAAAGUUAGGAUUUGUGCUUGUUUUGAAUGAAGGAAUAAUCAACAGGCCUCGAAAGUCCUACGAUGUCACUGGGACUCAGAACUGGCAGUCUAGCCUCACCCUUCCUGAUCUCACAAUUUGAUGUCUGCAUUUUUUAAAGGCACUAACAUAACCCAAAUUCUGCAAGAAGAAAAGCUUAAUUAAAUUAAUUGAGAGAGCCAGUGUGGUGUAGUGGUUAAGAGCGGUAGUCUCAUAAUCUGGGGAACCAGGUUCGCGUCUCCGCUCCUCCACAUGCAGCUGCUGGGUGACCUUGGGCUAGUCACACUUCUCUGAAGUCUCUCAGCCCCACUCACCUCACAGAGUGUUUGUUGUGGAGGAGGAAGGGAAAGGAGAAUGUUAGCCGCUUUGAGACUCCUUAGGGUAGUGAUAAAGCGGGAUAUCAAAUACAAACUCUUCCUCUUCUCUUCUAAAUCCACAUAGUUCUAUAUUAGCAUUAUUCUACUAGACAUGGGGAACGCCAAAAGGCUAUGCAAAGCACAGAAAAACCACUCUAAUCCUCUCUAGAUCUUGCUCCUACUCUUCCUCUGCUUCUGAAAAUUAUUAGGCAUUCAAACAUUUAGGUUGGAAGAGCAAUUUAGACACCAGUGGGGAACCAGCAAGCAGGACCCGAGCUCCAGAACACUCUUCCCCUCCUGCAGUUUCUAGUGACUGGUACUCAGAUGCAUACUCUCUCCCAAUGUAAUCCUUUGCCCAGGUAGCAGCUUUCUGCAGCUGGUUUGUGUGUGCACAUAAGUUACAGAGCAUUGCCUGACCCUAACUAAGCAAGAUCAUUUGUUUGAAGACAAGGACCGCAGUUCAGCACAGAGCUAGAUGUGUUGGGUUGUGGGCUAAGUGCCCAGAACUUCCCAGAAGUGAGACUGGUUACUAUUUGGCAAAAAAGCAUGCUUCUCAAUGUGAUGGAAAGCAAAACAUCAAACGCAGUUUUGUUUGAAAGCCAUAAAUUUUUCUCUUUCGUCACUGAGGCUGAAUCCUGACAAGGCAGAGGUCCGGUGCCUGGGUGGUACUUGGGCCUGGGAAUUGAAUAGGCAACUUGUUCUGGAUGGGGCUACAUUCCCUCUGAAAGACCAAGUAGUUUAGUUAGGGGAUACUCCUUGAUCCAGCUUUGUACCUGGAGGCCCAGGUGACCUCGAGUGGCAUGGAGUAGCUAUGGGUGUUGCUGGACAGAGAUAGCCUAGCCAUGGUGACUUAUGCUCUGGUAACUUCAUGUUUGGGUGAUUGUGAUGCACUUUCUGCCUGUGAAAGUAAUCUGGAAAUUGGAGUUUGUGCAGAAUGCGGCCUGGUUCAGUCCCUGGCAUCUCGGAGAGCUACUGCCAGUCAGUGUAGGCAGUACUGAGCUAAAUGGACCAAUGGACUGACUUCUGUGGUUGUGCAUAUCCUGUUUUAUGCAUGAUGGUGUAUGGACAAAGCUAUUUCUGCAUAAUACCACUUUGAAGGAGACGAGGGUGGCGCUGUGGUCUAAACCUAGGGAUUGCCGAUUGGAAGGUUGGCGGUUCGAACCCCUGUGACGGGGUGAGCUCCCGUUGUUCGGUCCCAGCUCUUGCCCACCUAGCAGUUUGAAAGCACGUCAAAGUUCAGGUAGAUAAAUAGGUACCGCUCCGGUGGGAAGGUAAACAGCAUUUCCGUGCGCUGCUCUGGUUCGCCAGAAGUGGCUUUGUCAUGCUAGCCACAUGACCUGGAAGUUGUACGCCGGCUCCCUCAGCCAAUAAAGCGAGAUGAGCGCCACAACCCCAGAGUCGUUUGCGACUGGACCCUAACGGUCAGGAGUCCCUUUACCACUUUGAAGGUUCAAAUACAGUGGUACGUUGGGUUAAGAACUUAAUUCGUUCCGGAUGUCCGUUCUUAACCUGAAACUGUUCUUAACCUGAAGCACCACUUUAGCUAAUGGGGCCUCGCGCCACCAGAGCACAAUUUCUGUUCUUAUCCUGAAUCAAAGUUCUUAACCCAAGCUACUAUUUCUGGGUUAGUGGAGUCUGUAACCUGAAGCAUCUGUAACCUGAAGCAUCUGUAACCUGAGGUACCACUGUACUUAUAAGUGAUUUAUUUGCACGUUCUCUCUCCUUCCCUCUCCCUACCCUUCCAGGUUUCAUCAAGAAGAUGGCCUACAACGGACUUGUUAGUUUUGGGCAGCAGCUGGUUCGUCGGAAAGUGGUGGACUGCACAAGUGAGGCCAGCCGGCUGUCGCGAUGCCUCAACACCUUCGACUUGGUUGCCCUUGGCGUAGGCAGUACGCUUGGGGCAGGAGUCUACGUUCUUGCUGGGGCAGUGGCUCGAGAAAACGCAGGACCUGCCAUUGUCAUCUCUUUCCUGAUUGCUGCUCUGGCUUCUGUGCUGGCUGGACUUUGCUAUGGGGAAUUUGGUGCCAGAGUCCCAAAGACUGGAUCAGCUUAUCUCUAUAGCUAUGUGACGGUCGGUGAGCUGCUGGCCUUCAUCACGGGAUGGAACCUAAUUCUCUCCUAUGUCAUCGGUGGGUAAUUUUUUGUGCCAUUGCUUCAAUUAUACUGUGCAAAAUGCACAGCAGGAUCUGUGAAAAAUUUUAUUUCAUACCCUGUUUAUAGCUGCAGUUUCCUUUUUGAGAGUUCAAAGCGCUUUGUGCAAGUUACUAUGUUGUAAUAGGAAAUGCGCAAUAUAUUUGGAUAAGGAGGACUCUGUAACAGACUCGGGCUCGGAUAGUGAGUGAAGGAGCACUCUCACUAGGAAAAUAACAAGGCUGUAAUCUAAACCCAUUUAAGUAGGCUUACAGGUGUUUAGAUUGGGCCACAGUUUCUUGUUGCUCCAAUCUUUCUGUGGAAAUCCCCCUGUUAGCUUUAGUUUCUGUUCCAGCAAAAAGGAGAUUUGUGUUUGGGUUCCUCUAUUGGAUUGAUUUCACAUAAGCAAGCUCUCGUUUUUGCCUCCUGACCAGCAAUUUGAAGAGUUGGGGAGAUUUAAUGUGAAACGAUUCCUCUUUUCCUCUUAGAUAAUUAGUGCUCUCAGAAUCCACAAAGGGACCACCUGAUAAGGGGACAGAUCACAUGUGAACGAACAUUUAUCACUAUGCAUACAUCUGAUUGAUUGAUUGAUUGCUUAAAAUGUUGCUAUGCUGCUUUUCUGAAACUCGAAGCUGCUUACAAAAAAAGAAGAAAAGUAGGAUAGUAGUUAAAAUCAAGCCAGAAAACACAGAAAUUGCCAGUGUUUCAUUUUCCGCAACAUAAUUAAAGCCGGGAGUGCCUUUCAGCUUUGUAAAAGCAUAUAGAGAUUUUGAACCCGUUUAUUGCAUUUGUAUCCCAUCUUCCCUUCCAUCAUCAGGUUGGAGAGCAAGUGUUGCGAAGGCCUUGCUUCUGGCAGCUGCAAGUUCUUGCCUCACCCACUUUCAGAAUGCAGAGUCAGGGCCUUGUGUCUGUGUGCUUUAUUAUGGAGGAAAUAACUUGUGAAAGAUAAAAUAUAACCUUGAUAGAAGAGUGAGUGGAAUAAUAAGAGCAGGGAAGUGUUGGGUGGAGUUCGCUGUGUGUGUCAGAUUGAGGGUGUUGGUGGCAAAAUGGGGAGUGGGGGGCUGUGAGGCAGGCAGAGAGGAAGCGAGAUGAAAGGGAUAAUGAAAUCAUGUGUAAAAAGAGAUCAGGCAAUACGUUAGGCCCGGAAGCGAGAACUAUAAGACUGUUGUCUCUAACAACUUCCUGUUCAGGAGCAAUUACAUACACUUUUAUGUUUUAAGUGCCCACAUUCUGGUCUGGGUGGGUCUAAGGUAAAUACAUCACAACCCACCUGACUUGUGUGGAUGCAGUUGAGACUUCUCUGGAAGUCAGUAGGUGCUGUUUUUAAGGGAAGCCAGGACUCAGCGGAGUAGUGCAGAAACUGACUUGAGUCACCACCUAUCGACCGGCUCUUGCGAGGAACCUAGGGAACGUCGCAGCAAUGUGAUGCACACCAGCCUUCCCCAACUUGUUGCCCUCCAGGUGAUCGUCCCCAGCUAGUCUAGCCAGUGAUUGGGAAUGAUGGGAGUUGGGAAUCCCAGCAUCACAUCUGGAAGGCACUAUGCUCGAGGAAAGUUGAUGUACAUAAAGAAUGUAGGUUGAUGAAUCCUAGAAGCCUUAUUUGGGCAUUAUGCUCUUCAGUAGGACAUGCAAGGGGGGUGAGAUGGUGGAUGAGCAUCCUCGCCAUCAGGUGAGGACGGUUGUCUGCAGCAGGGAGCCUCUUGUCGUCAUGGAGACUGCCUGGAGAAUGCUGCACUACUUGGAGCCUACAUCUCCCUGCUGGAGAUGGUUUCCUUCCAACUUGUGUAGGAUGACAGGGGUGCUGGUGCUAGCAGACACGUCUCAUAUGUUCUGUUCACUUGUGAGUAUAAUGUCUGUAUACAGCUCAAGUUUGAGGGGGCUGAACGCAAAGUUCUAUAGGAAGUUAAUUAGACUAUUCAUGUGUUCUUUUGAAUGCAUGAGGCCUUAAACGAGGUAGAAGGGAGCAGGUGUAUGUCUGCUCCACCCUUGAUGCUGAAGGGAGGUUGUGUGUGCAUGCUUGCAAGCCCCUUCAGAGCUUGACAUGGUAAGGGUUUGGGGAGGAGAGGGUGUGCCUGGUGUGUACUGGAGCAUUGGGGAGUGGCUGCCAGCACAUGCAUGCCCUGCACAUCCUUUUGAAUGAAUUAAUAGGGCUUUAGAAUGAAUAGGGUGAGUGAAAAUUAAGGCCCGGUUAGUAGGAGGACAUUGCAUGCUUAAAUGCAUUUUUAUAUAAAAAUUUUGGUGUGUAGGAAACUGGUGCAUUCAGGAGGGAGCUAGGCCUUUUUCAUUGAUGUACUAGGGGUUUUGUGUAUGUGUUUUAGAAGCUUGCAUAGAAUUUUCAAAACGGAGGCAGCAAAUAAGAAUGUGAUUCCCCCCCCCGCCCCAAUCUACAGGCCGAAAUGGCACAGUCCCUAUAAGGCAGUAUCCCAUAAUUAUUUUGGAAGUGUAGAUUGUCUCAGUGAAGCUCUUUUGAUUUUUAUUAGACCAAAUAUUUGUACAGUUCAUGCAAUUUGAUAAAUUUAUUUUGUUGAACAUUGAGGAAUUGGCUUUCCUUGUAGCAGUGUCCCUAGGGAACUGGGGUGUUUAUUGCCUCAUCUUCAUUUAGAACAACUGCUUUUUUAAUGCCCAGACAGCAAGAUUAAUUUAACAUGUUGACAUUGCAUCACUUACCCAGGAGCACCUUCAGGGACUUCUGCAUCAUUAUAGCGACUGUGGUUUGAAAUCCGCUCAAAGCAGGUUUUUGCUUGGCAGUUCCUGGAAUGUAGCUGAACAAUGUUGGUCUUUGAUGAUAUCCAAGCUAUUUAGUACAGUCUUCCAGUGGGCAGUUUUUGUUGCAAGGAGAAGGCAUUUAGUUUUGUGUGUGUUAAGGUGGGAGGAUAGAUAUUAAUGUUUUGCUUGUAUUUCUUUAAAUACUUGCUGAAGCACAGCAUGAAUUCAUUCUAAGGAUAGAAUUUGUUUAAGGAGAGAAAUAGGAGUGGUGUUGUAGGGAAGGGUGUGGAGGGAAUGUAUCUUGAACUUCAAAAGCUCCCUAUUUAUUUACAUCUCCUUGGUUUUCAUGCACAUCAUUUUAAGGAAUUUCCUUGCUUUUGUAGGUGUUUAUAAAUGUUGCAAAACACAACUCUUGUUGAUCAGAGAAUGGGCCCUCGCCAUAACUUCCUCCUUUCAGGCAGUUCCUCAAAGCUUUGUUUAGUAGCUUAAGAACUGGACAUAAGUGCAUUCUACGAGUGGUCAGGGAAUAUUCACAAACAGUAUACUGAAGGGUGAAAUGUCUUCAUUUUUAGCACUGUGCAUAAUCUAUCUUAGUCCCAGCCCAUAGCGUUCAUGUGGUCAUCUGUGUUAUAGAACGGAGCAACCUGACAGCUUCUUGAAUCACUUCCUCCAAAAUGGUGCCACCUAGAUAUUGUAAACUGCUUUGAGGUUCCCCCCACUACAAUCAAGCAGUAUAAAUUUUUUAUGAAAUCAUAGAAUUGUAGAGUUGGAAGAGAUACCAAGGGUCAUCUAGUCCAAUCCCCUGCAAUGCAGGAAUAAAAUAAAAUAAAGAAUUGUUGGACAACCCUGUUCCCAUCAGCCCCAGUAAACAUUGCCAGUGGUCAGGGAUAGUGGGAAUAGAAACCCCAGGUAGACCUGAGUGCAUUAGCCCAGUGGGAGUAACUGAGGCUCACAUGGCUAUAGCAGUUGCUUGAAGUCAGUAAUUUUGGCCACAGUAAAGGUGGGACAGCCCCGGUUUGAGAAGAAGAGGUCAGUCUUGCCUUGCUUCCUCGUGCAACCAGAUUUUCUUGCUUUCCUCUCUCUGGUACUAAAUUCCUGAAUCCUGACACUGCUUUCUAAUGCUCCAUCCUAUGUAAAACUAUCUGUGCAGUUGUGUUGCGAUGAAAGGCAAACUUUUCCCCAUGGGCUUUGCAGCAUGGCUGUUGUUUCUGUCUGGUCUGCUCACACUCCGUCCUUGUUAACUUUUGAAAUGGGGAGACCAUAUUGGAGAGAUGAAUUUGUGGUGCGGAACCUGUUGCCCCUACUACCCUUUCUCACCACACUUCCGUGAACCACACCUCUUGAGUUCUCUGAGUAGCCCCUGGCCCCUGUACACUAUGCUGCUCUUGAGAAGAAUAUUUCUUGGCCAAGGUUAGAUGGGCUCGUGGUAAGAUGCCAUAGCUGUCUCGCUUUCCCCUGGUGCUGUAAGCAUGUUGAUGGGGUAUAAUGUUUGUUACAGAAUUGGAAUAAUAAUAAUAAUUUAUUAUUUAUACCCUCUGGGUGGCUCCCAACUGAAUAUUAAAGACAUCAAACAUUAAAAACUUCCCUAAACAGGGCUGCCUUCAGAUGUCUUCUAAAAGUCAGAUAGCUGUUUAUUUCCUUGACAUCUGAUGGGAGGGCGUUCCACAGGGCGGGUGCCACUACCGAGAAGGCCCUCUGCUUGGUUCCCUGCAACCUCGCAGUGAGGGAAGGCCCUUGCUGCUGGACCUCAAUGUCCGGGCUGAACGUUGGGGGUGGAGACAGAACAGAGUACAAUGUUCUGUUCAGUAGAUUCCGAAGCAGAGGAUAGAGAAUUGAAUUAAGUCAAUGAGGGCUAAGCAUGUGGAACUCAUCCUCUAGAAGUCUUUGAAUGGAUUUGCCAAUAAAUCAACAACUGUAUGUGUCUAACCAUGAGUAUUUGCAUAGCCAGUAAAGGUAAAUUUGAUGGAAAGAGGCUUCCCCCAUUGCUUAUUGUAUAUUAAUAGAAGCAAGUGUAUGUGGCAGCCUUGAGGGAUGGGCAUAGGAAUGGGACACACAUGGUGGGGCUGAGAAAGUAAAGACCUUCUGGGGGUGUAUUCACAAGGAAUUAAAGAAGAUGUUUAAAAUUUCGAUAGAAAAGAAGCCAGAGGCAUAUUUAUUAGGCAUUUUAGGCAAAGACAUACUACAGGAUAAGAAAAUAUUAUUCUUAUAUGCCACAGCCGUAGCCAGACUAUUACUUGCUAGAAACUGGCAAGGGGAUACUAUCCCCACAAAGGAAGAUUGGAUAAAUAAAUUAUAUGAAUUUAUAGGAUUAGCCAAACUAACAGCAGCCAUAAGAAAUCAGUCUAAUCAGAGUCUAAGGAAGGAAUGGCAAUGUUUUGAAGAUUAUAUAAAGAAACACUGUUCUAAAGAAAACAUAUUGAUAUGCUUAGAACAAGUAUGUAAAGAGGAACUAAAUCAAGGUAAAAUUAUUAAUAGAAAUAAAAUGGUCAACAUAAGGACACAAUGUAAAUAAGAGUAUGCAGUAAAGAACGUUGAGUUGUGGUGGAGGAAAGUCACAUGGGUGCAAAAUAUAGUUGUUUAUUAGUAUAUAUGAGUUCGGGUUUGGUAAAAUAUGGUUUAUGAAUUGUAACUAUGUCUUUCAUUUUCUUUCUGUUUGUGAAUAAUAAUAAUAAAUGUUUAUCCCGGGGUGGGGGGGAGGAUAGUUGCCAACGAUCUCCAAUCCCCGACCCUAAUGCCUUGGAUUAUCAACUUGAAGAAUCCAUGUGAGGAUUGACAACAGUCCCUGUGUUGUUCCGGCAUAUAAAUCACAGUGCGAGAAGUCCCUCCCCCAAAUCUUCCACUGUUAAUUUCUUUGAUUUACAAUUGCAUCACAUAACCAAUUGUGGUUUUUUAUGUUUAACAAAUUUCCCUGAAAUCAAUGGAUAUAGUGUGGUAUUAAAUAAGCAACUAAGCAAUUCCCAAUUUUUAUUCUCUGACAGGGACAUCAAGUGUGGCCCGAGCAUGGAGCGCAACGUUUGACGAACUCAUAGGCAAGCAUAUUGGAAUGUUCUUCCAACAGUACAUGUCCAUGAAUGCUCCUGGUAUUCUAGCAAAAUAUCCAGACGUCUUUUCUGUUUUCAUUAUCCUGAUCUUAACAGGUAAGACAGAGAGAGAAAGCUGGUUUGGGAAGUUUUUCUGGACUAAGAAUUUGUUGUCCUCCUGCAUUCUCUUCGUUGGCAAUCCCAGGAAGAGCAAACACCCUAGCUAUAUUUGGGCCUUGUUUUCAAAGCUGCUUUGUUUGCCUCGAGUGUCAGGUUGACCUAUUGGAAAGCUAGCAGAGUUAGGACUGCAGCGGCCACCUUCCCUUUGAAAUUGUUUUGUUAAAAGAAGGGCGCUGUAGGCGCUUUAGUGGAAAUGGGUGUCAGGCAGCAACAAUGCUUAUUACCGUAGAGGAGGAGGCAAGCUGGAAGUCUUCAAACGCUGCAGAAGAACUUUGAUUUGUUAACUUCAACAGUCUGCCAAUUCCUUUAGAGCUCCAGCCAGGAAGAUGUGGGGAAAGAAGACAGGGCUGCCAUCAUGCUGGUGGAUGGCUGUUUAUCUUACAAGAGUCAAAACAUUGAAACGCUGUAUGGACUUUAUUUAUUUAGUGAGCACAGAAUUUAUUCUUUUAAAAAAGGAGAAACCACCCAGCCUUGAAGACGCAUGCAAAAUGUGCUGGAUAUGAAACUGCACAAACUAAUUUUCUCCCUGGUAUAUUUUGGCAUUUGUGGGACAGUGGCCCGGUCGAACUUGUGAGUGGAUUGCUAUUUUGGAAAAUAAACCCCCCCAAAGUCUGUUUUUUAUGCCCGGAGCUUCUUGUGUAGACCCUCUAGUUUGUGGCCAUUCACAGCGUUCCCCAACUUAGUGCCCUCCAGGUGUUGUUUGACUGCAGUUAUAACCAUCCCUGACCACUAGUUAUGCUGGCUGGGGCUGAUGGGAUUUUAUCUAAAAAAAAUCUGGAAGGCGGGAAAAGCCUCUGUGGAGGAGUUACAGCAGUAGCAUUGCUGCCAUUUUCCAGGAGGGACGUGGCCAGGACUGAAGAGAUGCCCUGGAGGAGACAAUUUGAUGCUUCUGCUAGUGCACCCAAGCAGCCCCUGUCUGGCCACUGCCUUGCCCCAUCCUCCCUUGUUAAGUGGCAAAAGCACCACUGGCUGGGAGACACUUGCUAUGGCUCCAUCCACUGGUUGAGCCACUCCUGUACCAGGUUAGAGAAAGCUGCCUUGGAGUUGCAAUGUUGCCUUCAAUGUGGGCGUAUUCAUAGCAUACCACAAUGAGUGAAGAAGUCAAUUGAUUUGUCCAUUCAGAGUACUUUCUAAUACUCUGAAUGGGCAAAGUGGUUGACAUCUUCACUUCAAUUGAAUUGGCCCUAAAAGGAAGACCAAACUAACCCAACAUUUCUCUAAAGUCCCAUAUUUAAUUGUUAAAAAUACUGUAGAUUGUUUCUGUUUUUCGAACCUCUCAGGAGAUUUUAUUGAUUUGUUUGUAACCAUUUAUAAACCGCUUAAUAUUUUCACAGUAUUUAAGUGGUGUACAGUUCUUUUAAAGAAACAAUAGCAUUAAUAACGCAGCCUAAAACCAAUAAAAUGGGGAUUAGGGGAUUCAGACAUACAGAUCAGGUUCUGAUUGUGCAGGUCACGGAAAGCCUGGGCAAAAAAAAUAAGGGUGGAAUUCAUAUGCCCCUCUCCUCCGUAAUUUCUGUGGGGAAUGGUGGUUACUGCAAAUGAGGAGGAAGAGAUGAGAAGAACCGAAGCAAACAGGAGUAAGAGGGAGCAUGUAAGCUCAGCGUGUUUAUGACUUCAGUAUUUGCUUGUAAUGUCUGAAUCGAGCCUUGGGGCAACUCACUAUGCUAAAAAUAAUGUAACAGGUUAGCAGCACGGCAAAUUGUGCACCCAUGAAAGCGCUGAUCUUUCCAGAGACAAAAUACCUUUGCUGUUGAUAGAGCUUGUCUAAUUAACCACUGUACAUUUUCUAGGACUUCUAACUUUCGGUGUGAAAGAAUCUGCCAUGGUUAACAAAGUGUUCACCUGUAUCAACGUCCUUGUCUUGGGCUUUGUGAUAGUGUCGGGGUUUGUGAAGGGCUCGAUUAAACACUGGCAGAUUCCAGAAAACAUCUCGGAUCCUUCACACAAGUAGGUUCAAUUUUAUUUUAACAUGCAGUAAGACAUGUUUGUAGGCUUAUUUGCUAGAGUCCUUCAGAAAUCAAAUCUAUGAGUCUGCCUCGAUAUUUCCAGUAGCAGAGGACUCCUCCUUUUACCAUCUCCUAUGAAACGCUGUGAGGGUUCUUCUCAACCGUGCUAGGGCACACAGAGUGCCUUUUGCCUGUCCUGGCUCAGGACACCGGCCACUGCCCUGUUUCCUAGGAUCAGAGCUUCUCGACAGAGUUUGACUGCCAGGAGCAGGGUCUAUCUGUGAUGCUGCUUUUAUAUAGCACUGCUCUUCAUGUGUGUUAAUUGGCCCAUGUUUUAAAUGUUUGGAUAUACUGCUGUGAUUGUUGUUUUUAGUUCUACUGUUACAUAUCUUCUGUACAUCUUCUGAGGCCCUUCUUCGUGUGUCUCCUCCUUGAGAGGUCCGGAGGGUGGCAACACGAGAACGGGCCUUUUCUGCAGUGGCUCCCCAUGUCUGUGGAACGCUCUCCCUAGAGAAGUUCGACUGGCGCCUUCAAUAUACACCUUUAGGCGCCAAGCAAAAAUGUUCCUUUUUAACCAGGCCUUUGGUUGAUUUGAUUGACACCCUAUGCUCUUUAAAAAUGUUUUUUUGGGGGAGUUAUUGGGUGGCUGUUUUUAUUUUGGUUAUGGAUGUUGUGGUUUUAUAUUUUGAUUUUAUUCUGUAAUCCACCCUGAGAUCUGCAGGUAUAGGGUGGUAUAUAAAUUCUAUUAUUAUUAUUAUUUAUUAUUAUUAUUAUAUUUCCGGAAGCAGUCCACAAAUCCUUCUAUAAAUAAAUAUCUUGAGAGGUUGGUGAUGUAAUGCCACCUUCCUUUCACGCCUGCUACUUUCACUUUCCUCUACUUUUGUCUUUUAGGGAAACAUUUCCUUUGCUUAGGAAUAGUGGUGACAGCCGUAUAGAGAUGCUUUGCAAUUUCAUUCUGGGCUGUGCAGUAGAGUCCUUCUAAAUACAUCUGUUGGGCAUUCAUCACCCAGCCUUGCAUAACUGGAUUUAGGAGUUGUUGCUAGAUUUAUGUAACAAUGCCUCUUGGCUAUGCUUGAGUUAAUUAAGCAUGUCUGUGACGUUUGGAAACAAAAUAUAGGCCUUUUAAAUUGGAUGAGACAUGGAGCCUUUGAAAAGAAAUGGGGUCCAUCCAGGAGAUAGAACGUUUCUCCAUAUGGAUUUCACGCAAGGGCUAGCCUCUGUAAGUGUUCAGAACCGUGGUUGAACCAGAAUGGGAUGGCAGAGUGAGAAAAGGUGUUGCUCCACUCGCCAUUGACUUUGGCCCUGCCCACAGCCAGCAUGUGGCUAUGAUAAGUCAUUGCUGGGGAAAUUAUGGGGGAAAGUUUCUCUGUCCCUGUCAAGUGACUGAGGGUGGAAUACAAUUAAGUGGCCAUUGCUUAAUUGGAGUUGGCACUUUCAACCAACUUGCUAGUCUUUAAGGAGCCACAAUUCCGUUUUUGCAGGGCAGAAUUGUUCAACACAAACAAUUUGCGUAUAGAUUGUUCUAUGCAGCACAGAGCCAAAGCACUCUGCUAUUGAACGCACAAAGAAAAAUAGUAAAACAUUAAGCCUACUUGGAACAAAAGGAACUAGGAACAAACGCUCUGGCAACUGCAUAUGAUUAUUUUGGGCAUCGUAGUGAAGGCCUUGCCAGGCUAAAAUUAUUGAGGACACAUUCAGUACAGAAUUAGGAUCCAAGCCAGCUUUCCCCAACCUGCUGCCCUACAACUCCCAUCAGCCCCAGCUGUGCUGGCUGGGGCUGUUCUAGUCCUAAACAUCUGGAGGGCACCAGGUUGGGGGAAGGCUGGUCUAAGUGAAGAACUUCUGAGGUGUCCUUUUGAUUUUCUUGCACUGUACUUUGUGAAUUUAAGCUCUGCAUCCUUUGGCCAAAACCUCUGAAGAAGCAAUCAGAUGUUUCAAAUCUUCUCUGUGACUUACAAAGUUUUGCUAGAUUUAACAAGAGGAAAUAAAAAAUUCUUUUUGAAAAAAAGCUUCUGAAUGGUUUCAAAAACAUUUCGCAAAUUAGCCUAAAUGUUUUGUGGUUGCUGUUGUUGAUGAUAAUAAUAAUAAUAAUAAUAAUAAUAAUAAUAAUAAUAAUAAUAAAAUUAAUCUCCAUAUAAUAACAAAAUGUGUUACUCAACCCUAUCUGUGCCUACUUGGAAGUAAGUCCCACUAAUUUUAAUAUAAUUUCCUGUGUCCACUGGGAGUAUUAUAGCCUUUGUGUGCUGUGGUUUGUGAUGAUCUCAAAUCUACAGGUUUUGUGCUUUUAGCAGGGUACAGAGCCCCCAAAGUUUCUCUACCAAUCUACAGUUCUCAAGAUUCAUUAAGGGACGCCACAACAGUUAAACUGUGCUGGAUUGGACCCAAAAGCAUGUCCGAUCUACUAUCCCUUUUCCUGUAGUGGCUAGUCAGACACCUGUGGGAAGCCCAGAUCACGACAUGAGGGCAGUAAUCCUCACCUGCACCUAAAAGUGGUGUAAAACCAGCAUACAUCUCUACUAUAGAUGGACCAUUGAUGUGUCAACUGCAUGUCUUGUUGGAGGCAAUUCUUCCUCUUGAAGUCAUCAGUGUGUUGCAAACUGUCCUUUGAAUCUACUAGUCUUGUUGAGAGGAAUAACCUACAUCUCUUGUUGCCUGUUUUUAGUGAAACCAUUCCAGAACAUGGUGUUGGCGGGUUUAUGCCCUAUGGAUUUUCUGGAGUUCUUUCGGGGGCAGCAACAUGCUUUUAUGCAUUUGUGGGAUUUGACUGCAUUGCCACCACAGGUAAGGACCCAGGACUCACAGUGAAUAAACACUGUACUUCAUUAUGAAUUCUGCCCACAGUUCGGCCUUCUUUGUAUGUGGCUGAUCAUGAGACCACAAAGAUUGGGGAAUGGGGGCCAAAGGAAAAUGUGGCAGUUCUUCCCUCAUUAGCAAAGUUGUGUGUGAAUACCUAUAAGCCGCGGCAGUCCUGCAAAGAGGAAUGAAAGUAAUAGCUGAAGAACUUCUAGUUGAUAGAUUGUCUUUUAACUAAUUGCUUUUGUUUACCAAAUGUACUUUCUGUACAAGGGAGCCCUUUUAAAGAUCAGAAGGUGAUAACUUAACAAAGAACAGUCACUUCUUGUUCACCCACUCAGUGUUUGGGGAAAGGGAUUUUUUAAAAAAAUGUUUACAUUAAAUUUGUGAAACAAGCAAACAGGUUUUUGAUUCUGUUCUCCAAAUCGGCUGCCUUUCUGUGGUCAUGGCUUUAAACACUCCAGCCAUGCUUGCACACAAAAAUAAGCAAUAUUGCACAAUAAUAAGCAAUAUACUUUUUGGUACACACAUGGAAUCUCUUUCCAUAAAGCUAGCAACCUGCCUUGUUUUCAUGGCUAAGUAUCUCUUGAGUACAGUUUCAGUUAAUUUAAUUGUACUGAGCUGUAGCCAAUUUCAGAGUAGACCAUUUAAACAGAUGGAUAUGUCUAAUAUUGGUCCAUUGAUUUCAGCAGGUCUUCUGCAUCAAACUACUGGGUAAAGUUCACUGAUUAUAUCAUGCAGCUGCCAUGGAGAGUUGAUAAGUUAAGGGCUAAAUGACCAAAAAUGCCUAAAAUAUUUGCAGUUUGACCUUUUCUUACACCCCAAGGCUCUAGUCUGUCUUCCUGUCACUCUUCCUCUUCCUUCCUUCCUUCUAGUCAAGGUCGACUUUUGUUUCAGUUCUGCCAACUUCCUUGUGCAGUUUAGGCCACUGGGACUUGGUUCACACAUCACAUUAAACUAUAGUUGAAAUAAAUUGUGGCUUAAUGUGAAUGAGCAGAGUUCUUGGAUACCAUUUGUGGUUUUAUGGGAGAGGAGCAAACCACAAGUCCAGGUAUGGACAACAUGACAAGCCAGGCUAUGGCUUGUUUCUCAGCCUCAAGGCAGGAACAGGAGAAGAGUGAAGUGUUGGGUGAUUUUGACAGCAUACACCAGUUCAGUGUUUCCACUGUGUUCUUUAUCAUAAGAAUGCAGUAAAAGUGAACUACUCACACACUGCAAGAUUCAACAGGUGCUCAAUGCAGACUUCUUUUCUGGGAGGAGAUUUAGCCUUACAAGUCUAUAAUGUUAGGUGGAUUUAAAACUAGCAAAGUCCUGUAGAUCCACAUCAGAUUUUAAGGGUCAGUCUGUGGGUUCAGCAGAAUCAAAUGGUAAAGUGUAACCUUCAUGCUGUAUGUGAUCUCAUGUUUGCGUGAACGCCUCCUUGUGACACAAACUUCCUGCAUGUCCUGGGUCUGGUCUUUUGUAAUGGAGAUGAUCAGAACCUACUAAGUUGUGCAUGAUUAACUUGACCUCUGAUGAGUUUAUCUCCAGGUGCAGAAUUAUAGCCAAUUACGCUUUUUUGAGCUGUAUUCUAGAUGCCUAUGAAGCGUUAAUCUCUUAAUCUGAUCAUAACCCCUCUUCUGCAAUAUGUAAAAACCCACUUGCUUCUAUAUUUAGAUAUCAUGCAAUAUGGUUGUCAUUUUUUAAAAAGGCAGUUCCAUCAACUGAAUUAAAUGCACAUAUUGCAAAAUGUCAGUACGAUUCACUUUUUUAGGUACUGAAGGAAAUAAGGUUUCUAUUUAAUUGCUUAAUAGGUUACAUGCAUAUCCGAAGAAGAGUUCAUUAAAUUUCUUUCUCAUCAAAUUAGUUUGGGGAAGAAAGGACUCAGUACAUCUGUGUGACAUGCACGAUAGCAGUCACCUCAAGGAGUUCCAGAUUGCAGUCAUUAUUAUUUGUUUCAGCCUUGCUUGAUUAUCGUUGUGCAGUGCCAUCCUGUACACGUCUACUCAGGAGUAAUCCCCAUAGAAUUCAGUAGGACACUCCCAGGUACAUGUGCAUAUCACAGCAUUCAUAGUAGACCAUGCCAACUAAUCAGUUGAAUUUUGCACAGUCUGAAACAAGGGUUAAGAGCUUCCUUUGAGGGAGGACUCUGCAUUUUAUUCUCACUUUCUUUCUCUGGUUUUAUUUUUCUUUAGAUUAGCUUCCUUUAUCUUAUUGUAGUAUGAAAAAAAGCUUUAAUAAAGCCUUAUUUUUUAAUAAAGUGCACAGUAGACUGUUGCUGUUGACCAUCGUAUGACCUGCAGGUGAAUGAGUUCACUGAAAUGCUUUUUUAAAUGAUUGUGUUCCCUUAGAACGGGGGUGGGCAGAAGGUAAAUUUGGAUUUACCGAUAUAUCUCUUGGCAACUUACUGAAGAUUGCCAAGGAUUUCCAGCUCUCUGUUGUUUCACAAUAGCAAGUGAACAUUGAUGGGGGUAGUGUGGAAAGCUGGUCUUCAGAAUUUGGCCCUGUGCUAAUCAUUUCUCUCUCAGCCUCCAUGAACCCCACUUGCAAAAUAGGAGCAUAAAUUGGUUGCCAUUGGCCAUGUCUUCAUGCUGAUCUACUGCACCUCAGUAGAUUUGUAUUGCCUUAGUUAAUUGCCUUAAUCAUUAGAGACACCAUUUUGCAACUGUCCCUCUUCUCCCUCUGCCCCCCAACAUCACCACCCUUGUUUUGCACCCGGCACCAGCUGCUUAUGGUAAAAAAGAGCAGCACCCAAAGUAGAUCCCACAAGGCUAAAUUUUUCCUAUCUGUGCCUUCGAAGAUCUUAGGUUCCAUUCAAAAAAAAAUGUUUAGCUCUCAUAGUUGAUAAAUAUCAACAAAAGUUGUAGGGGGAGAAAAUGUCUUGGAAAAUAUUUUUUUCCACAUUGAAUUUCUCAUAGAUUGUGUAUUUUGUUACUGUAAAACAGUUUGGCACACCUUGAUAGGUAAAGCAAUACAAUGCAGUAUAUCUACACAACUAAAAUAAAGCUAAAAAUUUGACUCUGCAAAAUAAUAUUUUAAAGAACAAGAGAGGAAAUGGCAUCUUAACAAGUAAACAGCCCCUUCAAAAACUCCCUGCAAUUGAAGCUUCUUGGCACCCCUUGAAUUGAGGGAGAAUAUAGGUUCAGCUUCUCUCUCCCCCCCCCCAAUUAUUUCAUCGGGUUGCAAGGGGGAGAUAACGGCUAAAAGAAAGGAUUGAUCCCCUUCAUUGUUUCUGUAAUAACAUUUUCAGUCUUUGUGGCUGUUUUCUUUUCGUAGGUGAGGAAGUGAAAAAUCCCCAGAAAGCAAUUCCAAUAGGAAUCGUUGCAUCGCUUCUGAUUUGCUUUGUUGCAUACUUCGGUGUGUCGGCUGCUCUUACCCUCAUGAUGCCUUACUACAUGUUAGAUAAAAACAGCCCCCUGCCUGUUGCUUUUAAGUAUGUGGGAUGGGAUGGUGCAAACUAUGCAGUGGCUGUUGGUUCACUCUGUGCCUUAUCCACAAGGUAAGAUGCUGGGGCUUCCUUUGCUACUUGCUCAGUGGGGUUUGUGCUCACCUGCCCUGUUCUAAGACGUAAAUGCCCAGAAUACAUAGACCCUUUGAGAUUGCUUGUGUUCGCCUUGGCCUCAUUUCACAAUGUCAUAGAUGCAGAUUGUGGGGAGAGGGGGGGCCUUUUAAAAAAUCCCUUCCAUGAUAGGUGAAGGGUUGUAGCUCAGUGAUACAGGAGUGCUUCCUUUGCCUGCAAGAUACUCUGUCCCUGUUAUCUCCCAGCAGUGCUGGGGAAGAACCCCGUCUGAAAACUUUUGAGAUCUUCUGGUGGCCAGCAUGGAUGAAUGUUCUUCCACCUUGACUCCCCAGAUGUUGCUGAACUACAGUUCUCAUCAUCCCUGGCCAUUGGCUAAGAUUAAAUAUAUGGUUGACCCAAGGCUGAGGAACACUGGCAUAGACAAUUCUGAGCUAGAGGGUCACUGGUGUGACUCAUUCUAAGGGCAGUGACCUAACACCAGCCUUGCUAUGGAGUCAAAAAUGAACCAUUUCUUUGUAGGAGCUUAUAUGGCUCAGCUUAUAUGGCUGGCUAACUGGGUUUAGAAUAAUUUGGGAUACCUGAUGUUUCUAAGGCUGUUUUGUGUAUCCUGUGGCCCCUGGGAAUGGGAAGGAAGGAGAAACAUCUAGACCUCGCAACUGCAAGAUGGCAAAACUUUUCCUUUGUCUUCCAUUGCUCGAUAAAUUACAAAUCCCUUCUUUAGGUGCUGGUGUUGGUUUCCUAAAGAAAGUAAUUUUCCUUAAAGUAUAGAUAAAGACACUCUUGCUAGAUUGUUUUUGCAGUGAUGGUUUGCCUCGUGAAUGCAAGAUGAGCUUAGGUUAUGCCCUUGUCUCUUUCUAGUCUCCUUGGGUCCAUGUUUCCAAUGCCAAGAGUUAUUUACGCUAUGGCAGAAGAUGGACUACUGUUCAAGUUCUUGGCUCGUGUUAAUGAGAAGACAAAGACUCCGAUGAUGGCUACAAUAACCUCGGGAGCUAUUGCAGGUGAGACCCUAAGAUCCGUGAAGAAAGGACUGAGUAGCUAAUCCUGUUUUAAAAUGAGCAGAUCGAGCUAACACCCCAGUCCUCAGCACAUUCUCAUUAGUUCCUCAAAUAAAGCACUUAAGUGUUAUGCAAGGAGACUGCCUUGUACUUUCUAGAGUUUAGUGUUGCGAUUGCAUCUCAUCUUGGAAUUGCUUCAGGCAGUUCCUUUGUCUGUUGCAUCAUGCAAAGAAUUGGGACCAGGAUUAAAACAUACCCACAUGUACUCUUACUGUUUUUUUGCUGUUUCCUCUGCCAAGCGGAGCCUCUGUUUAAUAAGCAGGCUUCAACAGACUGCUGCUGUUUGUGAAAACAGGACGAGCAAAUCUCUUCUGGGGUUUAAAUGCUCUUUUUUUGAAUGCUGGCCUUGGUAUUCAUAUUUAUUUGUGUGGAAAACCAGGCUUCUAAAAGUCACAGGGUGCUUCCACAGAUACAAAAUGCCCCCUGCUUUAGGAGCAGGGUCUUAGGGCAGGGAGAAGAGCAGUUGUGGUCGUCUCCACUGCCUUCUCUUACGCCUUUAUUUAACACUUCUUUAAGGCACGGGACUCCUGUCUUUCUCUUGGGUUGCUUGGAAUGAAAGUGUGAAUAAGGAGUGAACUGUCAUGGCUAACUAGUCUUAUAUAUGAAAUGGAUUUACCCCACUGCAUUAUCUGUCUCUUCAUUGUCUCCCACCAGCUGUCAUGGCCUUUCUCUUGGACCUGAAGGAUCUUGUAGACCUUAUGUCCAUUGGGACGCUUCUUGCUUACUCCUUGGUGGCUGCCUGCGUGUUGGUGCUAAGGUACGGCACAACGUUUCUGUGUUACGGAGCAGAGAAGAUGGUUCUCAAGUGUUCCAGAUGCUAUUUAUUUAAAAAUUCCAAAAUUGGGACAAUGGUGUGUGUGUUUUUAGGCCAACCAAAACAUCAUAAUAUAGUGUGCAAGCUUCAGAGCUGUCCUGAACUCUUCAUCAGACUAGUUCAGGGAUGUGUCACCUUUUUGUCCCCCCCCCCCAGUGCCACAUUCACCCUUGGCCCAACCCUCACUGGCCGUGCUCUUUCCUGCUGGGGAUACUGAGCAAUAUUCUAGACAGCCACUGGCUUAGAAGAUUUAAGUGGUAUUUAGCAACCCUCUCCUUCAGAGUCACUGUUUUCAAUGCCUGGGAAUCAGUUUGGGAAGAAAACAUAUUAGGUGAGACUCUCUUAUAGUUACAGGUGAUAGGAUGGGGCUUAAUGUUGUCCAAUUCUUUUUUUCUCUUAGGUACCAACCGGAGCAGCCGAACUUGGCGUACCAGAUGGCUAGUACAAAUGAUGAGGCAGACAACAACGAGUCCGUGAGCACCAGUGAAUCUCAGACUGCGUUUCUGCCUGAAAAGGGAGAGAAGUUCUCCUUAAAAGCUGUUUUCCGCCCCCAAAAUACUGAUCCUUCCAAACUCUCUGGGUCCGUAGUAAAUGUCUCCUCCUGCAUCAUAGGUAAGAGUUGGUUUCAUGUGUGCAAUUGUUAAUUUAUUCUGCUCUGGCCUUUCUCCGAACAUGUGACAUUGAUAAUGUGGUUAGUUCUCUAUAACGCAUGCAGCUGCAGCUUCGUUUUGUAAGGUUGACUUGCAAAACUCCCAUAAAACAUAGCAUAUGGGUUUGUUUAAAUACCGGGAGCUGCCACUUUUUAGAUCCUUUGCCAAGACCUAAUUCUCCGUUAGAAUUUUCUGGUGCCCUCCAGAUCUAAUUGUACAACAACUGACCACUGACCAUGCUGGCUGAUGGGAGUUGAGGCUGGUGAAGUAUUCUGGUCCAACAGGACACCAGCAUUGGGGAUGAUUAAGAGAGUCUGCACACUUACGGUCUGUGAACUCUGGUUGCAGUCAUCUAAUUUUGUGCACCCCAGUCUAUAUCAGAAGAUUAAUCCCCGGGGCUUGGAAGAGGGUCAGAAUAUGGUUUUGAAUGAGCAGCCAGAAGUGAACUGGCAUCCGUGUUGGCUGUGCAUAUAGAAGCCUAUAGGCUAUAUAGUGCUGUGAUAGAGCAUCUGAUUUACAGUGGUACCUUGGGUUAAGAACUGAAUUUGUUCUGGAGAUCUGUUCUUAACUUGAAGCACCACUUUAGCUAAUGGGGCCUCUUGCUGCUGCUGUGCUGCCACUGCACAAUUUCUGUUCUCAUCCUGAAGCAAAGUUCUUAACCCGAGGUAAUAUUUCUGGGUUAGCGAAGUCUGUAACCUGAAGCGUCUGUAACCCGAGGUACCACUGUACAUGCAGAAGGUCCCGGGUUUCUCCACAUAGAGCUGCCUGGAGAGCUGCUGUCAGUCUGAGCAGAGAACCCUGAGCUAGGUGGACUAUUGAUCUGACUUGGAAUGAGUCAGCUCCCUGUGUCCCUUUUGUUGGAUUGGGACAUAAGAUCGUACUGGUGGAGAGCCAAGUCGGAAAUGGAUUUGACCUGUCCACCAACUUGCCGUGUCUAUUGCUAAAACAUAUAGGAACAGGGGCAGACUUGCCCCAGAAUUUUUGUGCAUGCACAGAUUUAGGAUCAAAACUACAGAACCUUGCAGCGCCCCGCUGCAUUUGCUACGAACCGUUCUUGGCUUGAUUUUAAAAUUACCGUUGCUUUUGUAUUCAGUCUUUCCCUCCCACCACCGAAUCAGCGCGACAAACAUUUGUUCCAUGUGUCUUGUUGCCAGGUGUUCUUAUCGUCACCUUCUGUAGCUGGACUGUCCUUGGCAAAGAUGCUCUGAGGAACGGGACCCCGUGGGCUAUUGCUCUGCUUGUGGCCGUUUUCCUCCUCUGCUUCUUCUUCACAGUGGUUAUCUGGAGACAACCUGAAAGUAAAACCAAGCUCUCGUUUAAGGCAAGUGGUCUGCAAGGAAUGGGCUGGGGUGGUUCUGGGUGGGGGAAGCAGUCGGAGUCUCUGUUGGCUCCAUGCAUGGAAAGAGAGAUUAAUGGAGGUUAACCUGCUUUUUCUAGAAGGGCAGGAAUUAGCAAGGCAUGGACAGGGGGAGAGGAGGCGCAGAGCAAACUUUCCCACGCAGAUUGGCUAUGUGCACCUCCAGCUUGACCUUCAGCACUCCCAAUAUUCCUUUCUUUUGCUUCUCAUCUGGCAAUCUGUCUAUUUAUGUUUAAUAGCGGCCAGGCAGAGGGUAUGCAAGGCUGCGUUUCUUUUUUUGGCAAUCUCAGCGUAAUCUCCAAAAGCACCAGCUCCACACUUUGAGAUGCAGCCCCUGGAAAGGAGCUCUUGUUCUCUCUUCUCACUGAGCUGCAAAAAAGGGGGGAAAAGCCCCACCAAACUUGUAUUUCAGCCUUCUUUCUUUCUACAGACUUUUAACCCUGAAAAGGGGGUGGGUGGGGAUUUUUAAGUACCCUUUGCUUUUCUCUCUCUCUAAAAAGAGAGAGUACCCCAAAUACUCCUCCCCCAGCUAAGUACUAGUUUUAAAAGUUAUACAUGGCUUUUCCAUUUUUAUUUUUUAAAGCAAAGGUCCCAGGUGAUGUGAAAUAAAAUAGUAAAGCCAAAUGCUCCAACAGCAUCUGGAAGGCAAAAUUAAACUAACAGCAGACAUUAAUUCCAUUUCCAGAGGAACUUCCUGGAUGAUGUUAUUGCUCUUUUAAAUUGCUAAUGAAUUUUUUACAGGGCCAGUUUUAGGUACCAGCUGAAAGCAAAUGAUAUUCUCAUAUGCCCCUCCAUUGGCAAUGUGAUAUAGGAGGCUCACUCGUCACAAAUGGAUUGUGCAACCACACAUCGAUAAUGUGGUGUUGGAAACUGGCUUGUCCCAAAAUGCCAUCCAGAGGCACAACAACCUGGUUUCUGUUCUUUUUCCAGGUCCCCUUUCUUCCCAUCCUUCCAAUCUUGAGCAUCUUUGUGAAUGUUUAUCUCAUGAUGCAGCUGGAUGUUGGCACGUGGAUACGAUUUGCUAUCUGGAUGGUGAUAGGUGAGUUUGCAACUGGGUUUCUGACCAUGCAGAAUGAUGGAAUUCUUAAAAAAAAUAUACAUAUUCUAAACAGAAGGAAGUUGUGAACAGUGCUACAAGAUUUUAUUGGUUCCUGAAACAGAGUCCAAAUGCCCCCUUCCCACUACUAUAGGGCCAGUCCUUCCAGAAGUCUUGUAGCACCAUUCAGACACCAGUUUCUGCCUUCAUCUAUUUCCCACCCUCCGUGGUUCUGCCUACUGCAAGUUGCUGCAUCCUGCCGGGGGACAGGGCUGGGCUUGGUUCUGACCUUAUAUGUGGCAUAACCAGGUGGUGGUAUUGCUGAUUGGAAGACAUCAGGCAUUUUCAGUGGGAGAGAUUAAACACGCGUAAUGCUUUGGCUUGUGUGCUGUCGGAUGACUUCAUGCUCUCUCCAACGCUGUGCCCCUUUACCUCCCUCCCUCCAGGUCUGCUUAUUUAUUUUACCUACGGCAUGUGGCACAGUGUGGAGGCGUCUUACUCAGUACCGAUGGAUACAGAACGAAGUACGGACAACAAUGUGGACAGUUGCAAAUGAUUGGCAGCCUGGUUCCGCUAAAGGACACCUGAGAGCAUCCUCUACAGGGAAGGGUGCUUUCCCCUCUGGGACCCUGAAGUAUUUUGUUCUGUGGAGUAUCAGGUGGGCUUCCAUGUCCCACUGCUGCCCCUUGCAGCUUGCUUUUACCUUGGUAGUACAGUUAUAAGGGAUCACAAGGAAAAAGCCAGACCUCUGGCACACUUCCAACAACACUGUUAUCUGAUGCUGGCAGCUUCCCCUCCCUUGUCAUAAGUAUAUUGAAAGAUAACAGCUUAUCAGUGUGCCAGUUCACUUCCAAUGCUGCUAUGAGACCAAGCCUUACAGAGGCCCUGCAAAGUAAUUCCCCAGGUACUGUCCUUGGAUUCAAGUGAAGCAGACUUUGUACUGUCUCCAAAGUCACCUGUGUUGGACCACAAAAACCAAGGGGCCUUGCCUAAAUGAAAACAACACCCCAACCCGCCCCAACCACCUGUGUGUUAGCAAAACACCCUGCCCCUUGCAGGACUGAUCUGAUUGAGAAAAGGACUUGGUGGUGUUAUUUAAUCAUUGUACUUGACUUAUUUUAUGCAGGCAACUCCUGCGCUUUGAAAUGCAACGUUGCAACAGUCUUCUGUAGGGUAGUGGCUUGCAGGCUGAAUUCUAUCUGUUGUGACACAAAAUACUUCGUUUAGGCAGCUAACAGACCCUACUGCUUUUACGAGAAAAGCUUCUAGCUCAUGGUAUAAUUCUGUGUAGAAAAGUGGUUGCUUGUUUGUCCCCAGGGUAUAUAAAUCUGCAAAAUUAGGAGUUACUGGCCAGAGUUUAGUGCUUUCCCUUUCUCAUCUUGCUCCUCUUCAUCGCAAGCUUGUGAGGUGGGUCUCCAGUGUUCCUUGAAGCUGAGAGAAAGCAACGUAUGCAACCUUGAAUUAAUCCAUUUCGGAGAUGGGAUUUGAACCCUGGUCUGCUGGGUCCAGCUCCCAACACUGUUACAUUUUGAAAUAACUUAUUUUUGUGGGGAGGGAGCUUCUGCCAAACUUGGAUCUUCUGGUGCAGGGUAAGAAACAGCAUUAGUUCAUGGAAGAUUUUGGACAAGUGUGUUGUCUUUGAAGUCAAAACUAUAGUGGCUUUUCACCUGUCCUGCGAGGGCCGGCUUUUCUCUAGAGAAGAGGGAGAAGCAUGCAACACUCGGAAGCAAAAGGGAGUGUGCAGUGAUAAUUUACUGUGCUAAAUAGACAAGUUCUUGCUCAUGCAGCUGUAUGGCAGUUUACCUGCUGAGUGCUGCUUUUGUGCAAUGAACUCUUUGAGAUGCCACCUUAGCCAUGCUGAACUCCAAAUAGGAUUUUGUGCUGUUUCCAAAGAGUGUUGGCACAGGCAUGCAGCUUGAGCGAUGCGCCCUAAUAAUUAGCAGAAGCUUCUUGUGCUUCUAAAGCCAUCUGUCAGCCUUCCUGUUGAGUGCGGGUGUGGAAGAAGGUUGGCUUUUUUUGUACCUAUGCAUAGACUACCCCUUGGUAACCUGGGGCCAGCUGACCGGGACGGAAGGGAGGAGUUGUCCAAAACCUCUGGAAGGCAUAGACAGAGAGCCACCUCUUUUGUAAAAAGAAAAGGAAGAAAAAGUGGGUUUCCAAAAGAAACAUCAAGUUCAUGCAGAUCCUUGCUGUAGAAAACAAUCCAUUGUAAAUAUUGUAGCUUAUUAUUAUUAUUAUUAUUAUUAUUAUUAUUUUAUUAAUAUUAUUAUUUUUUCAUUGCUGUUCUCUUGGAAACCUGAUUUUAUUUUUUAUUUGAUAUUUAUGUCUAGCCGCUUCAUAUCUUUGCCAUUGAGGCAAAUUGUGUGAACUUAGAAGAAGGGGAAAUCUUUAUUUUUCGGGAGGGUUGAUCCUAUUUUUAUGUGAGGGAUUUCUGAGGGGGGAAAUGUUCCUUUGGAGGUGCCCCCCAGGUUCUGCUGUUUUGGUUUGGCACUUCUUCACUGCUGUCGCUUGGCCCUGCAACAUCCCUUGAGGUCAUAGGUACAGAAGGCCUGUGCUGUUGGGAGUUGCAGUAUCUGGAGGGCACCAACUUGGGGAAGGCUGUUGGGGGGGCAGUAUGAGGGUGACCAUAUUACGGCACAUGGAAGACUUGAUUAGCUGGUAAACAAAAGGCCACAAGUGGCCCUUGAGGUGAGCAUGACUGAUUCCUGGGCAGUGUACAAAAGAUUCCUUGCCUGUGAAAGUUUUUCUCCUUCUCUCAUUAUACUAGAAUUCACGGACAUGCAAUCAAGCGGGACGUUGUAAGAUCCAGGACAGACCAAAGACAGUACUUCUUCACACAGCACGUCUUUGAAACCAUUAAUUUCACUCCCAUAAGAUUAGAGAUGGGAAGGCCUGGAAAAAACCUGGAAAAAUUGGGGGGAAACCCAGGGUUUUUCCCCAAAGCCAUUUUUCUGGGGGGGGGAAAUGGCUUUGGGGGGGAAAUGGGGGGAAACCUGGUGUGUGUGUGUCCUCCCCCUCAUUUUUCUGUUUUUUUCCCCAAGCCUUCCCAUCUCUAAUCUUAUGGGAGUGAUACAGCGACAGCCACUGACUUGGAUUGUUGUAGAAGAGAAUUAGGCAAAUUCACGGAGGAUGUGGUUUGCAAUGGCAGCUAGCCAUGGUGGCUCUGCCCUGCCUCUGCUCUCAUAGAAACAGUUGCUGGGAAUCACUGGUGGGAAAAGUGCUGUUGUACUUGAGUCCUAUUUGUAGGCUUCCCAUAGGUAUCUGGUUAUUUUUUUAAUUAAAUUUCUAUACCACCCUUCAUCUGAAGAUCACAGGGCGGCUUGCAAUAUUACACUCAAAGAUUUCAUGGUUCCAGUAUUCUUGAAAGGCCGUUUGCCGAUGGUAGCUUAGUCCUCUCUGACGGGCUAAGGCGCCCUGUGCCUUUCUGGUUUUUAUAGCAGUGAUUGGCCAUGGUGAGGACAGAACAGGCAGCCUGCUAGCCUGAUCCAACAGGAACCAUUUUGUGGUUCCUCUUAGCCCUUCCGCAUGUCUGACAGGUGGAAGCCUAUGUGUGUAGAGCUCUGCCUGCCUGUUCCCAUAGAUCCUGGAACUCUGCACAAACAGCCGUCCACUCCGGUCCAGGGUCUGCGAAAGCCUAUGUGUGCGCAGUUCCCCCACCUCAGCAUCUGCAUUAAUUCUUUCAGAUUUGUUCCAAUGGAUUGGUCAAUUUCUUCUCUGUGCCGUUUUAAAAGGCUCAUUCUUCUACUACAUGCUGUCUUGGAACUUCCAGCUUACCUAAUUAGGACGUCCACAGAUCGUGGCUUAGUUGCAGCUUGAGCCCAGAUCCCCAGUUAUCAGUUGCUCACCAGUUGUCUGUUGCGUACUCCCACAUAGAAAUCACUUCUAUGUAGGCUUUGCCUGUGUGGAAUUCCGUGUCCUCGGUUCAUUUGUUGUCCACCUUUGCCAACCUAGCACCUUCCAGAUGUUUGGGACCACAACCUCCAUCAGCUGCAGUUGGAGGGUGCCAGGCUGGCAAAGACUGUUCUGUAGCCCCUUGGACCGAUUUGUAAAAUGUGCCCUAAUGUGAAGCUGCCCUUGAAGAAGGCUCUGAAACUAUUCUCAAGGCCCUGCCAGUUAUCAGGCUAACAGUCUGACUUUGCUGGAAGUUAGGUUUCUAGUUCAAAUCAAGGUUCUGGUCAUCAUCUCUAAAGACCUAUGUGACAGGGACCCCAACUUAACCUUAGGAGGCGUCUUCUCCCUAACAAACUUCGCUUGCUGCAUAUUCCACGAGUUGGAUAUGAAGUUAGUACCUGUGGCAGGUACUGGGUCCUUAAUUCUGGGAGGUGGCUUCCUGUGUUCUGAGCGCCAAAGUCUAGACAUUGAUAACAGUUCUAAUGCAGCAAGUUUUUAGCAGUAAACUUCUAUGAUCUAGCGUAGCUGUAGUUUUGUCAUUCGGUAGCUUAUUUUAGAACUGAUUUUAUGUAUUUAUUUCUCCGAACAGGAGGGAAAAACAGGGUAAACAUCUCACAAAAGGAGCAUUAAGUUUUGUACUGUAUAUCAGCAAAUCGUGUGCGUGUCUAACAUGGGAUUCAUGCAAAUCCCCCACCCCAGGGAAACGAUCAGAGGUCGGAAUCCUGACCAUGCUUAAAGGAGCGCUGAGAGUAUGUGUGAUGUCAUAUGCUACUUCCUUUAAAAAAAUAAAAUUGAAUUUUCUAGGCUAGUGGCUCUCCUCCUCAUCUGCUUGCUUCAAUUCAGGUGGUGGGAUGCUGUUGGACUCCCAACUCCCAUCAACCCCAGCCAAUGGUUAGGGGUGAUGGGAAUUGUGUACCUCCAGGUGUUGCAGGACUACAGAUCCCCCACCCUUGUUCUCAGUAGUGCUGAAACUGGUAGUACCAACAGGGAUCGCUAAAUCUCUCUGUUGUGCUUACCCCUGUGCUGUUGCCACUGCCAGGCCCUUGCAUGGUUGAAGAUGGGGGGUGCUCAGGACGUGGAAUGUAAACUUCUGCUUAUUGGUGUAGGAUUUUGCCACUUGGGGUGGGGAUGGAAGACUAGAUAGGCUGUGUUGCCCUCACUCUUGAAGCCUAAAUAAAUGUAAAUACAUGCAAAGCUUGAGUUUGGUGAAAACCUGAUUGCUGCUGCUGCUGCUGCUGUAGGCUUGCUAUUGUAAAGAACAGGCCAGCAUUUACUGGAGCUCGUCUUUGUAAAUAAGUGGGAAACUUUUUAUUUUUAUUAUGUUUAAAUAAGAAGGUGGUUUUGUACAGCUGCUGGGACACUUUGUUGUAUAUAAAGCCGUAUUCUGAAGCAUUGCCUUCUGUGUUAACGCUCAAAAGAAAAAGACCGAACAGGUAUCUUACUUUGUAUGAGGUCUUUCACUUCAUUGCAGGAGGUUGGGCAAAAUGACCAUCAGGGUCCCUUCCAACUCUACAAUUCUAUAUGGUUCUGUAACAGAGGAGCCUGUCCAAAGUAGCCUCGUGAAUCAAUGGAAGCCACCACCACUUCCUUCAGGAAUUGUCUUAUUUUCACUGUCUCUGUUAGAUCAUUUUUCUCCCUGAAGGGCACAAGCCCAGUAUGGAAGGGGAUGUGUGUGCAAACCCUUAAGUCAGCAAGGGUGAAUAUGCCUAAUGUGUACCCUGACCUGAUGCAUGUUUCACUUGGAAGAUGGUUUUAAGUGAGUUCAGCAGGACUUCCUUCUAGUUGGGUGUGCAUAGAAUUUGAAACCCUGGGCUAGGAUCACACCCAACCAUGGCACAGGAACACAGCUGGGGAUUUGGUUAAAACCACCCAUAUAGAAGGAACUUUGGAAGAGCACGGCACUACAUUUAGACCUGUGGCUUCAUUCCAGCUGUAAAAGUUCACAUGGUGGAUCAUGGAGACCAAAGAUCCAACAAAAGUAAUGAAAGUUGGUUUUCCAGUGAAUUGUUCACCUUUUGCCCACAAAGUUGCUCAUUAUUAGAGAGAGAAAAUAACCAGUAUUAGAAAAAUAUAGACACUGGGUAGAUUCAUGUUACAAUGCUUUACAUACAAUCACUAAUUGCCCAUUUUUCUGAUCUUUUGCAGCUUCAAUCAUUUACGGAGUGGGCAAUUUUUCUCUCUCUCUUUCUCCCAACCAUUAUAUACACUAGUGGCCAAAAUUGUGGAAACCUUUAGGAAAAAGUGUAUUUCUGAGGUUUGAUGACUCGUAACACCACUUUAUUUUGGAUUAAUACCAUAAAAUUAUAUAUCAGUGGAAAGAUAGUUUAAUUAAGAAUGUAAUGCAACAAGGUUUGUUCAGUUAUCUUUAUUCUAUCAAAAGUUAUAGCCAAAUAACCAGAAAAAGGAAGCACAACUUGCUUAGGUUGAUAUGCAGUCGCUUUCCUUCAUUUGAAUGUAGCCAGUGAGCAGGAGUGUUUAGAGAGCCAAUCAGGUGUUAUGAGUCAUCAAACCUCCGAAAUACACUUUUCCCAAAAGGUUCCCACAAUUUUGGCCACUAGUGUAUAUAAUGGUUGGGAGAGAGAGAGAAAUUGCCCCUUCCAUAAAUGAUUGAAGCUGCAAAGGAUCAGAAAAACGGGCAAUUAAUGAUUGUAUGUAAAGCAUGGUAACAUGAAUCUACCCAAUGUCUAUGUUUUUCUAAUAUUGCUCAUUAUUAGAGAGAGAAAAUAACCAACUUUGUGGGCAAAAGAUGAACGAUUAACUGGAAAACCAACGUUCAUUACUUUUGUUGGAUCUUUGGUCUCCAUGUUCCUCUCAUUCACAGCUUGAUGUUCCUUGGGCUACAGUCGACAUUGUAAUCCUAGCACCUGUUCAGUGUUGAUUUGCCCUGCAGUCUCGUAUCAUUUCAGUGUUACAUUGAAAUUAAGAGGUAGUGACCUAUGGUGACGUGUUCUCAAGUACUUCAGCUUAUGGGCUAUGAGAUGUGAUGUCCAAUCAAACCUAACAUUUGUAUAGCAGAGGCUCACAGUUUAUAGAUCUGGAACAUUAGGGGUUCAUGUUACUAGAUAAGUAAAAUUGACACCGAGGAAGGGAGUUAAAAAUUCUAGAAAUUAUUGCCGUUUGCAAGGUCUAAUCCAGAGACUAGUGUGUAUCAUUGUGUUGUCUGCUGUUAGUAAUAUGUGGCAGUAACCCUUGCAUAGUGGCCCUUUAUAGCUGGGGUUGCACAUUUCAAUCUGUGCUGCAAGAUGGAGGGAGGAAAUGCAUUCUUACCCAGAUUAUGCAAUGCUCACCAAGAUUGCAUUGGCAAUAUCAGGUGUGGGUGCGCACCCAAAUUCUAUUCCAAUCCACAUCUGUUGCAUACUGAAUUCCUAAUACAGCACAGGGAACUGUGCAUGCAUUCCGCUAGGGUAUCCAUGCAUAUAACACCCCAUUGCAUUUGUAUAGAUUGCACAAGAGAACAUGAGAAGGCUGACAAUUUCUGUUUGAACAUUUUACAAAUUAACCUUAGUGUAACCUUGACCAGGCUUCACAAGUUCUGGCGAUAGCAAAGUGAAUAUUUUAUGCUUUUUGAAUGUAACCCAAUUGCAUGUUCAUGAGUUUCCGUUGAAGCCAAUGGUGUUCAUGUGCAUAUCAUUUGUACACACUUGAAGUUGCUGCAUUUUGAACUGUCCUGUAAAAGUAUUACUAUUCAGUGCUACUUUGGAGUUCAUUCUAAAAGGUUACUUUUUUAAAUUUGCAAAUGUUGGGAAGAGUUACUUCUGUCUUUUAAGUGCAGAGGGUGCCGGAAUACCCACAGGUUAGCGUUUAUGUGCUGAUGUAUCAAGUGUGAGGACUGGGCUGUAUGUGUUAUAGGCACAUACUGCCCCCCGUCCAUGGGACUUCGGCAUCAUCAUUUAGUUGUUUGUCCAUAUAACUUUGUUUUGACAACUUCAUGAAUCCAUCUCAGAAGAUGCAUCCAUUGCAAAGGUUGUCUGGCAUUUGUUACAUGUGUACAUCUUUAACAGGUGCUUUCAUGUGCUAGUCCUUGGUAUGUUGUACUUCCAAAGCAAAGGCCAAAUGUUGCAGGAACAAUGCCUGUUAGUAACAAUCCAUAUAUUUCCUCAGGGUUUAUUUCCUCCUGCUCUUGGCACAAGUCCCAAUAAAAAAUGUUAUGCUGAGAUGAUGAAACUCUUAGACAGUGGCCUGGUUUUCACAUAGCGUUAAGCCAUGGUUUGUUUAGUUUAACUAUGGUUUGUUUUUACAUCCAAGCCCACCCCUGCCAACUAAUUAGGGUUUGGGCUCAACAAAUAAGAAUAUGAAACCAUGGGUGGUAUUCAACUAGAUUUUACUUUGAGUAGGUCUAUGGAAAGUAAAGUACCUAAGUAAGUCAUGUUCAUUAAUUUAAGUGGUUGUACUCAAAGUAAAAGGGAUGCGGGUGGCGCUGUGGGUAAAAGCCUCAGCGCCUAGGACUUGCCGAUCGAAAGGUCGGCGGUUCGAAUCCCCGCGGCGGGGUGAGCUCCCGUCGCUCGGUCCCAGUGCUUGCCAACCUAGCAGUUCGAAAGCACCCCCGGGUGCAAGUAGAUAAAUAGGGACCGCUUACUAGCGGGAAGGUAAACGGCGUUCCGUGUGCUGCGCUGGCUCGCCAGAUGCAGCUUGUCAUGCUGGCCACGUGACCCGGAAGUGUCUGCGGACAGCGCUGGCUCCCGGCCUAUAGAGUGAGAUGAGCGCACAACCCUAGAGUCUGUCAAGACUGGCCCGUACGGGCAGGGGUACCUUUACCUUUACCUUUACUCAAAGUAAAAUUGAGUUUACCACUAUAUGGUUUGAAGCUGGCUUAUACAUUUUCCUUACAUCUGAACCCAGAGUCCUGGCCUAAUCCUUGCUUCUUUCCUAUAGAAAGAGGUAGAAAGCAAGAACAGUUGAAAAACGAAACUUGCAUAAGGUGAAACAAGCCAUGGUUACUACCUGCUGGUCUGUGAGACUGAUACUGGUAUCUUCAACAAACCAUGCUUAAAGCAAACCCUGAGUUACCAUUAUGAAUGCAGCCACUGAGGAAUCUUACACAAAUCACAUGUGGUCAUGUCUGUGUUUUCCAAAUGUUGGAAGGGUUGUAACGUGUGUGCCUGGUGACAAAGUGGAGGAUUUCCUGUCUUUACGUUGUGCCUUUCAAUGUACGUCUGGUCUCAGGAGCACAAAGAAUGGGUGUGACACCAUUUUCGAUUGUACAUUACAAAUCUAAUGGAACAGUGGGGUUUCUUCAGGAAUACAUCUCUUAAUAACCAAGAAGCCAUGAAAGAAUCUGUGCAUAUUUUUAUUGAGUAAUAUAUAAAUAUAUACUUUUUGGUUGGCUGUUCUAUUUUUCUAAUGAUUUCCUCAGAAUUUCUUACUGUUGUGAUACAAUUAUUCGACCCCUGAUGCUGACUGUAAUCCCCGUUGGGUUUUUUCCUGCUCCUGUUUCAGUGGAGUUUCUGGUUCAGUUCUUGUUUAGAUUUUGGCUCUGCUCUCUCCUCUCCUCCCCUCCUAAAUAUAAAACUUUGUUUUUUAAAUACGAAACGUUUAUCUAGAGCACGACCUCUGCUUCCCAGAGACGUUUCUGCCAGGUGGCACUGUAAAUAAUGUCUCCCUCUUGAUGUCGUUUUUGACUUUGGAGAUCAGUUUGUUAAUAUGUGAUACAGCAUUAAACGUUUCCCAGAAAUGCAAAUAAAUUAUGUUAGUUUCACCCUUCCUCUUCCAAUGUAUUUCUGUUCGUUCCAGCAGACCAGUUGCAUGUAAUUGCUCUUCGGUGAAAGAAUCAAGCUUGUGGAAAUGCACCUUUUGCUUUUCAGCAUAGUGUUUCAUGACAACAUGAACAGCGCAACCUCAUGCAUAGUGGCCCAGCAAUAAUGCUGUGUGAGUUCAGCAGGACUUUCUAAGGCUGCAGUAAGUAUUCUCUUUUAGCAGUCUGAUCUAACCAGUGUUCUCGUUCUCUCUCACACCCACACUCACACACCCUACCUAACAGUAUUCUCUUGCGCUUAAUUGAAAUGGAUGCUUUUGAGCUUCCCAUAGCCACUGUGAGAACAGGAUUAUGGAUUAGAUGGGCCAGUGGUCUGAUCCAGCAGGCUUUUCUUAUGAUUCACUCAUGAGCCCUCAGCAUGGCACUAGAUGUUACCAUAAUUGCGUCCAAAAAAGAUAGCCCUGUGUCUUAAUUUCUCAGUGCCUAGCAGCCUUCUCUACUGGGACGUUCCUCAGAUAUUUCCACCUCCCAUGAGACUAACUCUGCAUGCCAGUGGCCAGAGGGGAGAAAAGGCUAGCCUAGUGCAAAUGGUCUCCUCUUCUGCUAUCACUCUUGCCUUCAACGGCAGCAGGUCAACCAUGAUAGUAAGGGGGGCAGGAAAAUGUGAAAUGCAAUAGUUUGCAGCACAGAAAAGUUGCACUACACAGGGGAAAGGAAGGAAAUUGACAAUUGUUAGGAUUGCUCCAUUACUUGUUGUGCAGGCACAUACAGGUUUGUAAUAAAAUGAUCUGUUCAUAGGGAGUUGGCACAGUGACAGUUUAUGGGACACGGCUUACAUGCACAGUUUGAUCAAGGCCUUUAAAUUUGAUCAAUUACCUUUAAAUUUAAAUAGCAAGUACUGAGCAAAAUUUGUAAGGUUGAGAGAACAAAGAUCCUGAGUGAUUCCUUUAUACACAAGUCUUCAGUUGUUUGCUUUACUUUUGUAAAACAACAACACCCAUCUCUUGCUAAAUCCUGUUACCUAUAAACCCGUAAAGAAGCAUCGUAGCACACCAAAGACUAAGGAGCAUGUAUUUAUUAUCAUGAAUAUAUUACAUUCACCUGUACACUGUAACUCAAAUAAUACAAACUUUUUUCCCUGUAAUUCAAAUAGCCACGUAAUUAAGUCAGACCACAAACUCCUGCUGUGUUAGGGAGGGGAUGGUCUUUUAAUAUCCACCAUGUGUCCAUGGGACACAAAUGCAAUCAGUACACAGACGUAAAAUACCUGAUUUUGGUUAUUCAUAUUUAUUCCAAAGAAGAUCUUUACUGUUCAUGUACCUGCUGAUUUAUUGGGGAGAAGAAAUGUGAUGUGUGCAAAUGAGAGUUCUGAAAAAUGUUUCAGAAGUCGCAAAAGGGGGGAGUCUUAAUCAAUCUCUUACUUCUCCUGUUGGCUUCUCUAGCGAGUGGUUUUGUUGGUCCUUUGAGAUUCCUAAGGUAGCAGGGGCCUGUGAAUGCAUUUCCCAGGAAGACUUUGGAGGGCUUCUGGGAAAGACAAGUAUUUGGACAGGGAGGCACAAUUUACUCAUUGUAUCACACCUCUUCGGCAUGUUGUCCAAAACCCAGAGUUGCAUGGCAUCCCCAAACACAACAUGGGGGCUAGGAGGAGGCUGAGGAGGCGGAUGCAUCACUGGUCUUCGGACAAGACAUGAAAGUGAAGUGAGAAUAAGUGGGAGAGCCUCAUGUAUCCACAACCAAAGCCCAAGGGAUUCCUAGAUGAUCAACUCCUUUCAACGAUACUACUUUGGUCAGUUUUUUCUUGACUGUCAUAUUCCUCUGAUGCUUUAGAAAACAAGGAUGCCUUUGAAUGCACAGUCCUAUUUGGGGCAGCAGGCAGUAUUGUUACUAUCCAUUUGCUUAGCUCAGGCUUAGCCCCAUGGUGCCCCUCAGAUGGUGCAACCUUCAUAAGCCACAGCUAGCAUAGUCAAUGGUGUCCGGGAUGAUGGGAACUGUAGUUCAAAACAUCUGGAGGGCAUCACGCUGCUGUCUCUAACAAAAUACAGGGCGGCUUUGGGUAUGCCACAGAGGAGAAGUCACACAUCUGCCCUGUUCUGGUAAGAGCCAAUUGUGGGCUGCAUCCAUAGCUGGGCAUGCAACCUCACUAUAAAGUAGGAAAGAUGCUAAUUUUCUCACUCUGCACAGUCAGUGGGAAGCACAAACAGAAGCAGUGCAAGCUGCUCUUGAUUCCUCUCCUGCUUUAUGUGUACAGUCCAAAGCUGCUCUGUUGGAUGCAUGCAUGCCCUGCAUGGAAAGGAAUUGGUAUUCCACAGAAUGGUGCCAUGUUAUGAUAGUAGUGUGGGCUGUGUUCCUGGACUUUCCUAGGGCUGGCAUCUCAGCAGCUGAAUCCUCCUUGAAUCUUCCUCUGAACCUGCAUGGAAUAAUAUGCAGCAGCAGGACAGAUUGAGAUGGAAUUUCCCAUCUUUUCCAUAAGGGAAUUUUGGCACAAGUUGCCCAAACAAUGUCUUGCCGUCACCACAGUUAGUCAAGUGGGUAGAUGGGAGGAAAGGACAAUUUCCCUGAGUGAGCUGACCUAAUUUUUUUGGCCUUGACUGCAGGUAAAUAGGUAAAACAGGAUUCACACCUGAAAUUCGGACAAUUAGAAAAAUGCCGUCCACAUUUUUCUUGUUUCCCUAGAAUGCAAGUUGCACUUGGUAGCCACAGUUUGCUUGUCGGCUGCUACUAAGGCAGGGUGUUAAAACAUUAUUGAAGACCCAUGUUAUUAUUCCUUGCCAGGCCAUCAGUUAUAGCGCUGCUACAAUCUCUAGUUGCUUUCUUCGUGAUACUUAGCCAGCUUUGCCCCAUCACCUGACUGCUUUGUGUAAUUGUCUAGUACGUAAGUGUGAACGUGGUUAUCCACAAUUAGAUUCGCAGUCAUUAAGUUCUGCUUUUGGGGGAAUGAAUUUUAUGGCUUCACAUGCAAAAAGCAGCUGGUCUUCAAGGAGAGAAGCCCAAGGGAUGCAGUGGUUGUAAUGAAGCCUAGGCAUGUUAUGCACUUCCCCUGGCACUGCCCCAGUCCAGUCUGCUCCUACUUGGGAUCGUUUGUAUACAGCAGGGCAGCCCAACUUUUCAUACCAAGCGGGCCACAAUACUGCCUUGUUUCAUGGGCUGCCCCCAGCCCUUGCGCUGCCUUCCCAAAGCUGGCAAAGUGAGGGGCUGGGCUUUGGGAAAGAGGUGCAAGGCUCUGGCAGGGUCCUAGCUCAGUGGCUCACGUAUCUGGCUUUGGGAAGGCAGCGUAAGGGCUCAGUGUGUGCGUGUCAAAUGUGGCUGAGGGCUGUAAAAAAAAAGGUAUACAGGAAACUGAACUGGGAGCGUUGCACAACUCCCAGAUCUGCACACGCUUGCCUGCAGCACUAGAAUAGAGCGUGUUGCACUCUUUCCCCAUAUCUCAUGUCUAUCAUCAUCAUUUUUGGAGUGAUGGGGGAGCUGAUGGCAGAGGCAGGGAUGCAACUUUAGGAAAGUCAAAAGGUUUCGGGUGACCCAGUGAGAUAGUUCCCUCCACCUUGUAGUAGUAGCCCUGUAUAUGACAUCAGAAACUGCUUUUAAAGGACGCCUUGGUUUCAGAACUGGCUUGCCAGACAGCGUGCUUAAGAAACCAAGUUACUUUUCAGAUGCCAGCCAUAGUUGGUUACCUUUAAGUUUGCAUAAUGCAAAGUCAUGAAAAGGCUCUUUUCCCUCUGUGGAUGGCCUCUGGUUUUGAAGGGCUGAAUAAGUGAAAUGCUUCCAAGCAACUGAAUGGUAGGUUAAAGUAGAGUAGCCCUAGGCUGCCAUUUUUUAAGAAGAAGAAGGAGAGAAUCCUACACCUUUCCCAUCUGGAUGCAGGGACGACUGAUCUGUACAAAGGUAAUGGAGGAGAGAGAACUGUAGUCUGAUAUUAGCAUUGACUUGCUAUCUUGUGUAAGCCAGCAGAAGCCAAAAUCUCAAAUCGUAUUUGGAAGCAUUCAUUGAAAAUGGAGGUGGCAGAUGAACAGAGGAAGGAAGAAGCAUAAACAGAGGAACUGACGGACAACCCAGACCCACCCACCCACCCAUAGUGUGGCUUCGCUAGCUUAUAAGUGGAGAGUAAUACAUAACUUACAGAGCAAUGCAAGGUAAAUGCAAAUUUAUCAACGCUGUGGUAUAACAUUGCUCACAUGAGCUUGACAGUACAAGGUUCGCGACAUAGCAAGGAAACAGGUGCUGUCUGUGUCUCAAGCGAGUGUGGUAAGGAAACCGGCUAAAAUUAUAUCAGUGGGUCAUUGUUGCAACUAUCCUACUCUUGAGUUUGCAAGUUGCCCAUUAUGCGAAAACUAGUCCUGUCGUUUGUGAUAAGUUAACGAACGUGGCAUGAGCUAAUCUAAGAAGAUGUACUUGGUAUCACAGUAUCAUGCAAGGUAGCUACAAAAAUAAAUUUCUCUAAAAAAGAAAGAAAGAAAGAAAUCAACCUUGUUACUCUGUACAUCAUGGAAUUGGGCCACAGAUCUGUGGCUAUUGGAAGGUGCUGGCUCGGCAAGCACAGCUGAUGCCUAAGGCCUGCAUCACAGGCAAGUCAUCGACACAAGCACCAAGCAGACUCGCUGAACAAAGCACUUGUGUGGACAUCAGGCAGACAGGCAUUUGCCAGUCAGGGAGGUCCUCUGUGAGCUUUGUACACUAACUCCCUCCCUCUCUUCUCCUCGGUGUCCUUUUGGCACUCUGAGCUGCCCUGUAUUUAAACGCUACAGAGGGACUUUGCAGAUGAGUUGAGCCCUGGGCCUCCACUCGAGAACCAAAGUAUCACAUGGCUAUCUAAAAACAUUUCUUUGCUUAGAUGAUUCAUGCUCCACAUCUGUCCAACGCUACGUUCAACGCUUUCACAGUCUAAGUCUAUAACAACUCUUUGACACACACGCUGGAACCCAACUCCUAUCACACCAAAGACAAGAAGGGACACUGGCUGUGCCCUCUUAGUCUGUCUAGCUCAUGUUUAGAAACCGUUUCAAGGUCUAAUGCUAUUGUGACUGCUAUGCUACUCUCUAGGGAACCAGCCUACGUUCUAGCAGGCCUGACAUCCAAUAUCGUGCUGCUACUAAAUACACACCGGGUAGCAGGGUCGAGAUGGCUGGAAAGAAGGCAGAGAGAUAUAACAAUCCAGCAGUUUGGCCAGUACCAAAACACAUAAACAUGCCAUUGAGUGCUGAUAAAAUGCCAAGUGUGCAGUGUUGAUUGCUAUUCUAUGAACAUGACGAGCCUGAGAUGAUGUGAGUUCUGGAUCUGAGAGAUGCGCUCCUUGGAUCCUAGGCAACGUGGCGGAGGAGAGUGAUAGCAUGCUCUUGGCCACAUUGCUUAGGAGGGGGGGUAGGAGCAGCUCUCAGAUUGCACACUCACUUAAAAAUAUUGCUGCCUCAAGCUGCUACUUGGGUCCACUGCACAGGUGAGUCGCCCCUGUGUAGA